AAACGUUACCAGUUCCACAGACGGAGCAGGUUCCACACUGAUACAUAUUUUGUUCUCAGUGGUUUUUGUAACCUUUGGAUUAUUCUAUAUUUUAAUACAUUCAACUGAAUUUGGUAAAGUCCUUGAACUUGUGAGCCAGGUAAGUGAGCGGUGUUAUUUUUUUUAAAUAUAUAGCUUGUUAUUACUUUAUUAUUUAGUAGUUAUUUUGGGGUAGAGGAUGUUUUGGUGGCAAAUACACAACACAACAAGACCUUGAUGCUUAAUUGGCAUUAUAUAAUUCAUGGUUUUAGGCUAUUUAUAUUUAAACUUUGAGCAUAAUCACAAUGAACCCAUUUUGUAGGAGUACCCAGUACAAUAAAAAACCCUAACACUAAACUUCUAACCAUAAUUCUUAAGGAUUAACCUUAAUACUAGAUAAAUACGACCAACAAUCAUGAUCUUAAAUACUAACCCUAAAUCAAUAUAUUACUCCUAAUCCAACCCCUAACAGUUAACACGAAUCCUGAUCGUAAAUACUGAGAGUAACUCGAAACAUUACUUCUUAUCAGGAGUAAGCUAAAGGGGGUUCAUGGGUGCCUCACCUUUGAAGAUGGAAUUACUUUGUCUAAAACUUCUGUGGAUUUUCUAUCGCCCACCCAACUAACAUGUCAAUAAAGUGCUGACUGUAAUGUGAGCCCACCCUGUCUCUGUAACCAGCCCCCCAAUUUAGUUACAGCCCCCUGUUAUGCACAAUGAUGUAUACUACCAAACUAUGACUUAUUGUCAAAUUCACCCACCACACCACAAGCCUAUGUAUAACUACAUUCCCCAGUCAUAUUUUACUCAUCACCAACCUCCCUGUUCACACAUACCCCUACCCACCUAGUCACCUACACCUACCAACCCACCCAGUCACAUAGCUCCCUGCACCCAAUUGCCUACAUUUACAAAUACAGUCAAAUGUAUCAGUCUAGCCACCAACUAUUUCCUAUAUGCAUUAUACACUAACUCACAUACACACAUUCUAUACAGGCUGAGGUGCACAUACAUAAACAAUCAGUUACAUACACAUAUAUAAGAAAUCUGCAUGUUUAGACUUGUUUAGGAUGUUGGGAAUGGAAGUGUGUUCAUACAAGUUAUGGUCAAUCAGCAUUAGUUGUGACCACAUUUCCCUAGUCUACGUUUCCUAUGAUUUCAUUUAUUGUAAUAGGGUGGAGUAUAUAGAACGAGCAGACGUAAAUCGUGAGAGGAAUAAAAUAUAGAAAUGGCUGAGUAAUUUGGCCACAUCCAUAUAAGGAUAUGAGAAGGCCUGCACCCAAGGGUCAGUGAACCCACCAAGUUUACCCCUGGUUCUAACCCAAAUUCUAACCCCUCAACCAAACCAUGAUUAUUAUACCUAACACUAACCUCAUCCAAAAAAAUCAUCACAAAUGAUCCUUUAAAAAAAGAAUAGAACUUACAGUAAAAUAUUUUCGGUUAUCUCAUUUAGAAAUCACGGACCUGUCCGGCAUCGAAAUUACAGCUCAUUCCUAAUGUUAUUUAUUGUGAGAAAAAAAAAUAUUUCUGGAAUUGCAUGAUUAAUAUUUUGGUCUAAUGAGAUUUUGGAUUCAUGAAGAUAGGUAUUAGUCAAUCUAUAUCUGCCAUUAAUACUCUAUCAGGGUUUCACUACAGGAAGAAGACAAAGUGGAUUUUUACAUUUCAGGUCAAAAUAUUCGAACUAGAAACAUUCUCUAACUCAGUUAUGCUGUCAGUUUGACUAGUAUGGCCUUAAAUGUGAAAUUAUUUUUAAAUUCUCAAUUUAUUAAAUAAGCCUGCAUGUCUAUACUCUGUCUAUUUGCAGAAUCAAUGAUUAACGUUGAAAGUCCUUAGCAACUUUGUGAGAUAUCUUGGAUAAAGCUUCUUAAUCUCUGUGGCUACGUAGUGAUUUAAAUUUCUGUGUGGCAGUGAAAUAUCAUUGGGGUUUAGCUAAAAAACAUUUUUUUUGCCAGAAUUAGAUUUGUAGUUGGAGAAUGAAGGAUUAAUGGGGAGAUAUAGUUAUCCUCUAAGCCACUUUAAAAUCUCAGCUUUGCAUACCCAAAAUUAGUCAUUAGGUCUAUUCAUUAACAGUGGCUUUAUGGUGAGUUGACAUCUUUGGAAAUUUUAGGGAAACAAAACUCCAUAUAUUUUGACAAUAAAUAUUAAUUUGCUAUUCAUUUCAUGUUGAGUCCUUCAAUUUCAGCCUUCCAUGCAUCUGUUUAUGCCAUUGAUCCAAAAGAAGGCAAUAUGAAGCGAUUGCCAGUGGUGGCAUGUGUUGGCUAUUACUCUGCAACACGAUUUUGAAAUCCGCACAAUUCAUUGUUUAGUAAAUAAACCCCAUUUGAGGUUCUGUUUUCAUGUUAAAGGAACCACCAGUGUUAAAGAAGAAUACAUGUCCUGAGUUGCUUGAUGGCUUUUAAGAAGCAAAAAAAAUGGUCACUGUGCCCGUGUUAGGGUUAUUCAAUAAAGUGUGAAUUGCCAUGAAUUCAAAGUAAAUUCAAAGCAAAUGUUAAGUUUUGAGGUCAAAAUAGCCAAAAUGAAAAGAGAUUUGACUUGAAGAAUUUUUUCUAAUUUGGAUAUUUUAACCUACAUUUUGAAAUGAACUUUGAAUUUCCAGAGAUUUUUUCAAUUUAUUGACUAAUCCUGUUUCUGUGGUUUUGCUUUAAACUUUAGCCCCCAGUAGACCACUCAGCAGACACAUUGAUAUAAAUAUUGUAAUUCUUUAUAUAUGUUAAAAUGGCUAUCAAAUUCUGCCUGAAAGAUUUAUUGGUGAAAGAUUAGCUCAAGGUUUGAUACAUAUCCUGCUUUUGUUCAUUUAAGAAGGAUAAAGUACAGGAUGUGCUCUGAAAAGCAUCACUUCCAAAUAUUGAAACCAGAAAUAGUGUCAUGCCUGGCAAGACUACUCAGACCUUAUAUGACACUGGAUUUACCAAAUAUAGACUGUCAGUUGCUAAGGGCCACAAGCCUGCCUAGCUGCAUCACUCGUAUUUGUAAUGAAGCACAAUGACAAUUUAAUGUUACAGGAUGGAGUGUAACUGGUGAUACAUUUUAUGCACUGACUGCAUUAUUUUACAAAUGUAAGGGCCAAAGGCGCUAAUGUAUUUAAAGAGCCACUCCAAGCACUAUAACCACUAAAGCCAGUGCCUCCACAUUGUUAGUAGUCAAAUCUUUUUUAGAAUGUUAGGCCUCUUAUCUGGGAUCCGCUGGACGCUGCUUCCUGCCUCCUCUACUGACGUUGGAGAGCUCAGUCAAGCCAAUAUGCCCCCUUCUUAACCACACGCUCCAUGAUACACUUGGAAAAUCAGCCACUUACACACUCUCACAGCCUACAGUGAUUCUCACACAACUAUUUAGCCAUAUACAUACAUUUAUUGUAAAGCACUGCGGAAUAAGCUUGCGCUGUAUAAAUACCAAUAAUAAUAAUGUAUAUUCAUUCAGAUAGUCAAACACAAAUAUAUCUUCCAGUUGAUACUAUUUUUGCUAGUUUUCAGGGUAUAGAUCUCAUAAUUACCAAAUUAAGCAGAGGUUGAUAGGAGUAUUAAGCAGGAAAAAAAAUAAAGAGUUGCACGUUUUGUUUUCAACUUGACUGUUUUAGUCGUAGUUUGCCUCUCUGCAAAUUAACUCUCUCUCUUUAACUCUCUGCAAAUUACACCUCCAACUGUCCCUGGCAGUUUUAUUAGGACUGAUAAGUCAGUGAGCGUUUGUGAGAGAAUUAAUCAACGAGAAUGCAUAGACUCACUUCAAUCCCAUAUUGCCCUAAGCCAACAUAUUAUUAAUGGAUACAUGGGCCUAGUCAGUAAAUAAUUAGUUAUAAUGAACAGGAAUCCGAAUUUGGGGGGAGGGGGGUUCAAUUAAGAAAAAAAUAACUUUAAAAAUAAUGAACUCCAUUUUGCAAUUCAAAUUUUCCUUCUCUGUUAUUUGUAGUUUAGUAAGGAAUAUCAUACUGAUUAAAAUCCAUAACAAAGUAUACCACAUCCUGCGAGGCAUGGUAUAAACUGUGCACAUUAGCACAUUAGGAUAACAAAUUCUAUGAGAGAUUUUUUUGACCUACAAAAUGGCUUACAUUAGCACUAAUUACAAAAUAACAUUAAUGUAUCCCAAUUCAUUACAAUAAUAAAAGCCUGUUUAGCAUAAAGCUAUGUUACUAUUAUACAGAAACAAAGAUUAGCAUGUGUGUUGCCUGCAUUUAGAUUAGAAAACAUAUAACCCCAAAAUGCAUGUUUUAAAUAUCAAAAGGGUUUGAAUAUAUGGGUAAAUGAUUGAUAGAUUAUUUCUUUGUGUUUGUUGUUUUAGAAACAUAGAAACAUAGAAUGUGACGGCAGAUAAGAACCAUUCGGCCAUCUAGUCUGCCCAAUUUUCUAAAUACUUUACAUUAGUCCCUAGCCUUAUCUUAUAGUUAGGAUAGCCUUAUGCCUAUCCCACGCAUGCUUGAACUCCUUUACUGUGUUAACCUCUACCACUUCAGCUGGAAGGCUAUUCCAUGCAUCCACUACCCUCUCAGUAAAGUAAUACUUCCUGAUAUUAUUUUUAAACCUUUGUCCCUCUAAUUUAAGACUAUGUCCUCUUGUUGUGGUAGUUUUUCUUCUUUUAAAUAUAGUCUCCUCCUUUACUGUGUUGAUUCCCUUUAUAUAUUUAAAUGUUUCUAUCAUAUCCCCCCUGUCUCGUCUUUCCUCCAAACUAUACAUGUUUUUGUAUAUUUUAUUUAACUGUUUAAAUGGUUUAGCUGCCACUGUGCAGAGCAUAUCAUUCAAUAGCUGUGUUUAUACAGGAUUCACCACAAAAUUUGCAAGGAACCAUUUUGUUUACUCUGAGGGGAAUUAUGACAUUUUCUGUAGUCAAUGACUGAAUGCAGUUUAUCCCAUGAGCAGUGGCUUAGGAGCACGCCAUUGGUUUCUGGGAGUUGUAGUUCAAGUAUGAGCUCUACGUAGUUCAAGUAUCAGCAAAUCUAAAAACAUAACUACAACUCCCAAAAAAAACACAUAACAUCAUGUACUGCAGUAUUUUUUGAGCAAAAGGGAACCCUAAUGCAUGGGUGGCAGAGGGAAACGGUGGGAUUAUAGAGCAAAAAAACAUUGCCAAAAAGGAAAACAAAAUGCUGUAAUAAAUUCAUGGUGACAAUAUAAAAAAAUAAAUGAAAGAAAGAAAAAUAUUUUUUUAAAAAACACAUUUGUAAAUCAGUGCAAAUCAUUUUAAAAACCAUAAAACUCUCCUGUAUGUGGAACAAGUCACUAGAAUCAGAGCCAGACGUGACCAGCAUCACCACAACACAGCAUUAACCCUUUCUUAUCCUCAACUACAAAGCGCCUCAUUGACAGUGCUCAUAUUCAGAUACAUCGCUAAAAAGGAGAAAACAAUAUUAAACCCACAUAAAAUUAUACUAUAAAAAAAAACAUUUUUUUAUUAUCAAAGGGUUUUAAAAUAGUUAUCAUCUACUGUUGUCCCAGCAAGGUAAUAUCAUUUUCACCUCACCAAUUUUUUUAAAUAUUUUUCAACACAUAUGAAGGAUAUAUGUUCAGGAUAUCCUCCAGGGCAUUCAGAGAAAUGGGCUGAAAUUAGUAUUUUAGGAAAUUAUUCUUCAAUCCCAAUAUGUGAACGAUGGGACGUUUAACCAACAUAUUAUAACUUACAUGGACUGGUAAUAAAAAAACAAUAUUAAUAGGGCAUGUAAUUAACUGUUUGAUUUUAAAUACUUGCGUAUUUUGAAAACUCCCCUUUUUUUAAAAAACUUUUUUUGUUCUGUUUUAAAUAAAUGUAAUAAUAGUGAUAUUAAAACUGAAAAAGUUUUUUAAUUGCCUUUGACAACUGUGAUCCGAUACUAACCAUUGUGUGCGCAAUUACCUUGAUUUUAUCCAGGCUAUUACGUAUGUAAUGAGUGUUCUAGUGACAUAAUUUUUAGACAGCACUGGGUAUUUUUUAUCGCCGUUAAUCCUUAUUAAUUUGUUGUUUUUAAUUAAAUCUGAAAAGUCCUAAAAUAUAAUCUUGGGUUCAGAUAGGCCAAUUUCCUUUAAUGCAGGAUCCUCAGAAACAAUAGACCAGGGGCUUUUACCCUUUCACAACAAAACUUACUUUUAUCCACAAGGAGGUCCACCUUUCUCAUCUCUCAAACUUCCUUUCUUACUAACUCCAGCUGUGCCUUCUCAAACGUCUUUUGUAAAAAGAAAUCUGCAUUAACUCUCUUUGCCGGAAGUUCAAGAAUUUUCUUUUCUAAACCAUUGUGCCUUAUGUGCACUAGCUGACAUUUCGGCAAAUUCUUGAGUCAAUGUUAAAAUGGCAGCUAUUUUUACAGGAAGUAGCUAUCAUCGCCACCAUCUUGUAUAAAGCGCAUGCAUGUAUCUGACUUUAACAUAAAUAGAUAAAUCCAAAAAAAUAAAUUUUUCUGUAUUAUAUUCAGAAAAAAAGGUGGCUAUCUCAAUAAUUAAAUUAAAAAAUAUAUACCUAAAUCUUCUUGACCACUUCCCCAAAUAAAAACAGAUCAUCUAUAUAGUGUUUCUAGAGCACUAGAUUCUGAAUCCAACCAGUUUAAUAAUAUUCUAUGAACAGGUUGGCAUAGCUGGGUGCAAACCUGGUGCCCCUUGCUAUUCCGAGUAUCUAUAAAGAAAAAUAUAUCUGCAAAUCACAAGAAAUAAUUAAGACUUAAUUAAUAGCCACCCAAAAUAAACUGUAUAUGAUUCCUACUCAAAUCUGACUUUUACAAAGAGGUGAAAUGUUUGCCUUGAUGUUGGCAGAUGAGCUUACACUUUAGUGACCACUGCAGUGGUAUUGAACACCCAUUAUUUAAGUUUACAUAGGGAUUUGUAAUGUGGUGCAGGUAACAUAACUGGUUUUGUAUUGUAUUUGAACACAUGAAUAAUAUAGUCAGUACUAGUGCCCAGGAACAGUAGGAUUUCAAGCACGGGGAUAAUUUGUUUAUUUUUAUUUACAUUUGGCUCAGAUUCAUAUGAGUUGCUGCUCAAUGGGGGAGUUUUAUAGCUUUCAGAUGAUUCAUGCUAUUAGUGCUUUUUUAUGUAUUGUAUAAAUAUUCACUGGAACUAAACUGCUGAAAAUGUUUUAUUUUUUAUAUUUUUAUAAAUUUUUACUAUAGUUUUCUAAUGCAGCAAUUUAUUCCUUUUCUUGUUAUUCGGGUUUGUCUGAUUUGGGAGAGGAAGUAUGAUAAUAUUCACACAGUUUUAAUAAUACUUGUUUUUAUUACUCCAAAUAUCAUGAACACUACAGCUCAUUGUAGUAGUUAUGUUGCCUGGUGCUCAGGGAUGUGUCUACCGCAAGGCAAACAAGGCAUUUGCCUUAGGCAGCAAUUUCCAGGGGGCAGCAAAAAACACCGCCCCAAAGGCCCAGGCAAAUACCUUGUAUGCCUCGAUUUAUGGGAGCCCAAGAGCUGGCUUGCUGGCCACCUUUGGGCUCCCUCGUGCGACCCGCAGUAAUGCCGGGAGCGAGAAUAUGACGUCAUAUGCCAGCUCCCGGCAUCACUCUGCGGCACGUGAGGGAGCUGAGCAGAGAGAGUUCAGGGGAAAGUGCUCCCUCGCCACCCGCCUGCCUGCCCACUAGCCCGCCUGCACGUCCGGCCGCCUCCCUGCCCAACAGCCCAACUGGACCUCAGGUGAAAUAUCCACCCAGCUAUCCCAAAAGUAGGGAGGCUGGGUGGAUUUCAAUUUUAAAAAAUAAUAAAAUUAAUAAUAGUGAGUGGGAGAAAUUUGUGUGUGUGUGUGUGUGUGUGUGUGUGUGUGUCAGUGAAUGUGAGUGAGUGUGUGUCAGUGAAUGUAAGUGUGUGUCAGUGAAUGUGAGUGUGUGUCAGUGAAUGUGAGUAAGUGUGUCAGUGAAUGUGAGUGUGUGUCAAUGAAUGUGACUGUGUGUCAGUGAGUGUGUCAGUGAAUGUGAGUGUGUGUCAGUGAAUUUAAGUGAGUGUGUGUCUGUCAGUGAAUGUGUGUGUGUGUCGGUCAGUCAGUGUGUAUGAGUUGGUCAGUGAGUGCGUGCGUCUGUCAGUGAGAGUGUGCAUCUGUCAGUGAGUCUAUCAGUGAGUGUGUAUCCGAGUAAGUGUAUGUCUGUCUAUCAGUGUGUCAAAUCAGUGAGUGUGUGUAUGUCAUUGUUUGCCAGUGUAUAUGAGAGUGUGUGUCUGUCAAUGAGUGUAUGCAUCUAUCAGUGAGUGUGUGCGUCUGUCAGUGAGUGAGCGUCUGUCUGUCAAAGUGCGGCCUUGACAGGAAGGGGUGGGGAAGAUUUAAAUUGGGGGGUUGCCCGAGCACCGUCCUGCCUAGGGCAGCACAAAUCCUAAAUACACCACUGCUGGUGCUCUUUACAAACAUUUACCUCCUUACGUGUAAUAAGUAAUUAAGAUAAUUAGUCCUUCUUAGCUUAUAAAUAUAUUUUAUCCCUAAGCAUAAAAAGAGUGGUAGAAUGUGCAAUGACUUUAGGAUAUCAUGUAAUGAAGGUUUUCAAUUUUUAAUGGUGCUUCCUCCUUUAAAAAUACUGUUAGCAGCAUGCUAUAGACUAUUAAAAUAAACAGUGCUGCCUAAUUUGUUACACUAAAAGAGCCAUCACAUUUUACAUCUAUUUUUAUUUGGUUAUUGUUCUAAUCAGCAACCUAUAAUAACAUUUGCUUUCUGCCUAGUUCCUGUUUCUCAGGUACCAAGUACAUCAUAGUGAAAGCUGGUAUUUAUUUCUAACCUCAUAAAGACUGAUAAUUAGCUAGGUCAUCAUAAUAAAUUGGUCUUUAAAGAUCCUUUUCCAAGAAGGGAACCACCUAUUUAACCAAUGCAAGCUGAAACACUGUACAGCCCGACUCCUACCACCACGGCCGGAAUAACCUUUUAGUUAGCUACACAUCUCGUGUUCUUGAAUUUGGUUUAGUUCUGUAUUUUAUUGAAAUUCACAAUUAAAAUUACAUUAUUUAAAAGAAACCCACACUUCCCUUUUUCUUCUGCUCCAACAACGUUUCUUCCCUGGCACAGAAACACAAUUCUAAGCUGGGCUUCAUCCCCAUAGAGAGGGUCUUUAAACAAUGUUACUCUCUCUUGCAUAGAUAAGGAACCUUUACUGUUUAAUCUGUAAAAUGAUUCUGAAUAGUAACUGGAAAAAAGAAGGUGAGAAGGACUAAAGGACGGGUCCAGGCACAUAUCAGGACAAAUGUGUAAACUGUACUCGCAAUCUGAAAAGCCUCUUGACAUAGAGAUGCCAUGUAUACUCUGCUUUUACACUGAUCAGCCCAACAUUAAAACCACCGACGGGUGAAAUGAAUAACAUUAAUUAUAUCAUUACAAUGGCACCUGUCAAGGGGUGGGAUAUAUUACGCAGCAAGUGAACAGUCAGUUCUUGAAAUUCUCAUGAUGGAAGCAGGAAAAUGGGCAAGUGACUUUGACAAGAGCCAAAUAGUAAUGGGUAAACAACUGGGUAAUGAGCAUCUCCAAAAUGGCAAGUCUUGUGAGGUGUUCCUGGUAUGGUUAGUCCUGACCAAAAGUGGUCUAAAGUAGGACAACUGGUGAACUGGCAUCAUGGUUAAUGGGCAUACAAGGGUCAUUGAGACACAUAGGGAUUGAAAGCUAGAUUAGUCCGAUCGCACAGAAGAGCUACUGUAGCUCAAAUUGCUUAAAAACUUAAUGCUGGCCAUGAAAGAAAGUUUCAAAAAACACAUUACAGUUUGCCUCGUAUGGGGCCCAUGAUGACCCCUGUCCACUGCCAAAAGCACCUUUAAUGGGGACGUGAGCAUCAGAAAUGGACAAUGAAGCAACUGAAGAAGGUUGCUAGGUCUGAUGAAUCAUGUUUUCUUAAAGGUGGAUGGUCGGAUGUGUGUCAUUUACCUUGGAAAGAGAUGACAGUAGGUUGUACUAUGGGAAGAAGGCAGACCAACGGAGGCAGUAUUAUGAUAUAGCAAUGCUAUGCUGGGAAAUCUUGGGUCCUGGCAUUGAUGUGGAUGUUACUUUGACACGUACCACCUACCUAGAGACCACGUACACCCCCUUGAUGGUAAUGGUCCUAAUGGCAGUGGCCUCUUUCAGAAUGAUAGUGUAUUCUGCAACACUGCCAAAAUAGUUCAGGGACAUGACAAAUAGUUCAAGGUGUUGAAUUGGCCUCAAAUUCCCCAGAUCUCAAUCUGAUUGAGAUUGAGGAUCUGUGGGAUCUGCUGGAACAACAAACCCGAUCCAUGGAGGUCCCACCUCGCAAAUUGCAGGACUAUUUAUGCCAUAUUAUAUUACAUGCAUUUUAAUAUAUUGUGUCUAUAACUAAUGGAUGGUAACAGCAUUAGGCGGCUGCUUUAAUAAAAUAUAUUUAGAAGCUAUAUACAGUAUUUAAACCUAAUAAACAGAGCAAAAAAUAAUCCAGUUUCCAAAAUUAGAUGACAAAAUAUAAAAUCCGCUAAUUUUAUUAUGUAUUUACAAAUUAUAGGUCUAUGAGCUAUACAAAAAAUAGCUGAUUCAGGCUUUAAGAAAUUUAGAAAUGUAAACAUUAUAGAGCUGGCAGGAUACUGAGAAAGGAAGUUGAAAACUAGAGACUGCCUCUGGAAAUCCGGGACAAUUAACAAGUAUGAUUUAGAAAAUGCACUAGUUCGGGGGUAUUUUUAAAAUUUACAUGUGCAUGUGCUAAUUUUCAACUUAAAUAUGCAUUAUCGUCCUCAUUACAUGGCAUAUUCUCUACAAAUGUACAAAAUCAACGCAAUGGACACUGACGGCUGGUAUAGUGAGAUUUAAAGAAUUACUUUAGAAACCGUUAAUAAUCAGCUGGUUUCAGACGAACAAAGAAUCAUAUAACACAAUACAGUCAAAAACACAACAAAAGAUCAGGAAGGAGUGGAAACCUGUGUCUGAUCCAAUAUAUCCUGUUUUUGUUCAACAGAAAAAAAAAUGAAAACAGGAUACUGGUCUGCAUGUUGUAUAAUGCUAAAGUUUACAAAGACCUUUUCUUGCAGGGCCCAGUGGGAAGCUGAAAGGUUAGUUAUUUAACUAUAUAAAAUACCACCUGUAGAUAUCGUAUAUAUAGCUCGAACUGCUACAUUCAUCUGAUCUGUAACCGAAAGAUCAUUCAGACAUCACCCCAUUGUUUACAGUACAGCACACCAUUUAAUGACUUCUUUAAAUAAUUAAAAUGUUCUUAUUAUUAAAGAGCAAUGGAAAAUAAACUCCUUUGGGGGAUUGAAUGUAGUUUGGUGUAUAACAGCAUGGUGCUGAAGAGAGUGUAGUUUGCUACAUGUUUUUAAUUAAGUCUCUCUUUAUCUUCGCAUAGUGACAAGGGUUAAGAUGCACUCGCUCACUCACCAAAAUUGCAGUCCUACCAGCGAUUCCAUAACGUUUGGCUUCUGUCUUCCAAUAAAUAGAAUAGACAUAAACAGAAAUAAAUAAAUAGAAUAGAUUUCAGCAAUCCGUAACAUGAGAAAAAUAAACACAGUAGCAAUGUGCCGUCCUGCUUGUUUCUAGUUUAACCCCUUAAGGACCAAACUUCUGGAAUAAAAGGGAAUCAUGACAUGUCACACAUGUCAUGUGUCCUUAAGGGGUUAAAGGGACACCGCAGGUUAGAAUUCACUAAUUCCUUUUUAUUGCAACAUUUAUAAAUUAAAGGUAAAAACAACUAGUCUAGAUAAUAAAAGAUUUAAAGCAGUUGGAUAAAUGUUGGAAAUUCUGUAGUCAGAUUACUGCUGGAGUGAGGACGAAGGCAGGAAUUGUGUAAGGCAGGCUUCCCCAAAGUACAGCCCUCCAGAUGUUCUAUCUAUUUAAUUCAUAGAAUCAUGGGAGUUGUAGUUCAGCAACAUCUGGAGGACCGGGAUUUAGGGAAGCCUGGUGUAAGGCCUUUGCUAACACAGCACUGUGUCAGUUUUUGCUUCAGUUGGUGGCUUUCAAUCGCAAAGAUUUAAGGUAUGUGAGUUUUGUGAAAAACGUGAAAAAUUUUCUAUCAAACCAAACACUGCCAGCCCUUGAUGCAGAGCAUCUCUGAAGGAUGUUACUGCCAGUUCCCAAAAAGUAUUGCAAAGUAAGACAUCUACUUUGUCUUGUAUUUACCUCCGCUGUACUCAUCAAUAGACCACAGUAAAUGCUCCGACAGCCUUUAUUCAGGUGACUGAAAUUGUACGUUUUGCAACUUGACAGUUCCGCCGUAAGACAAUAUAUGACAAUCAGAUAUGUUUGUUAAAAAUGUUGCUAACUUGUAAGAAACUAAUAUCGAUUGCCAAAUUCUUAGCUUGUUUGUUAUGUACUGACAUUUAAAAGCCUACAUCAUUAGUAGGAAGACACGUAACUGAACCUAGUUAAGAACUAAAAUUAGUGUUAAAAAUCUUCACUUUUACCUUAUAUAUAUAAAAUCAGAAGCACUGAGUGACUUGCAAAGAUAAUAGCAUUAGGCUCUCACGCCUUAUCUAAAUAAGCUUUUAAUUUCCUGCCUAGUUUGUCCCCUCGUCUUCCCUAGGUCCAUCCUUACUUAUCUAAGAAAUGUGAUUUUCUUUGACUCACGUCCUUCUACUGGAAUUCCCAUAACGUCAUACUUGUUUCCACUAUAAGCAUCUACAGAAAUGUUUAAAUUAACGUUCUUGAAUAAAUGUCACAUGCACCACCCUUCCUUAUCAUGCACGUCCUUAGUAACAUCAAACACAUGUAUCUACCACCCAAUUCCUUAAUAGGAUGCUGAGAUUUUCUUCCAGGCUCAUGGUUAUUUGAAAACACAUUUUGAAAAGUUAUUCUGGAAUUCGAAACACCUUACUCUUUUGUGUUUUUACAUUCUUCUGUCCAAAAAGUUUUUUUCAAUCUUCAGACUUUUCUUCAUUCUACUGCUCAAUGACUUCUUUCUCCAGACUUUAGAAACAGAAUCUACCUCAUUUUAUAUAUCUGAAAUAAAUUAGAACACUAGUAAAGAGAUGCAUUUCAUAAUCAAAUCAAAAUAUGAAUUAAAUAGUCUGGCUUGCCUUAACUUAACGUACCUGAUCCCCAACGAAUGGUCCUCUGUCCUUCUACACACAUACAGUGAUAGCAUUUAUCAGCAAUGUACAACAGAAACGCAACGGAUUAGUAAACCGUGAUAAGACCACUAAUUAUCAAGGAAUCAAUAUGCUUGUGUUAUUGGCUUUUUAUUUGUUAAACCCACACAGUGUCUCCUAGCAGAGGUGGCCAUCUGCACUGAGGUGGCCAUAUAAACUGCGCUACAGGCACUUUUGUUACACCAGGAUAUUAUUAAAGGAUCACUAUAGUGUCAGGAAAACAAACUCAUUUUCCUGACACUACAUCAUCCUUGGGACCCCCGACCCUCAGGACCCCCUCCCUUGGCACUGGUGACCUCUUCUCCAACGCAGACAUCAGCUCCCGAGUGGAGCCAAAUGCGCAUGCACGGCAAGAGCAGCGCGCACAUUCAAAAAGUCCAUACAAAAGUAUUUCUCAAUGCUUUCCUAUGGACGCUCUGCGCGCUAGAUGCACCUCUAGCGGCUGUCAGGAAGACAGCCACAGCCACUAGAGGCUGGAUUAACCCUGCAAUGUAAAUAUAGCAGUUUCUGUGAAACUGCUAUGUUUACAUCUGAAGGGUUAAAAACUGGGGGACCUGGCACCCAGACCACUUCAUUGAGCUGAAGUGGUCUGGGUGACUAUAGUGUCCCUUUAAUAAAGUAUAUGUAAUGCAUUAAAUGCCAUCAACUGCCGCCGAGACAGCUUCUACUCUUUUCUUUUGAGUUUUUUUUACUGGACUAUGUGAUUUGUUUGCAUUUUUUAUCUGGGAACUCCUUCCUUGUUGUCACCUCUGACAGCUCAUCGCUAGAACACAGACGUUCCUGAUUACACAGGGACAGGAAUUAAUUAAUGCUGCUGUAUCCCUGGACCUUACAUCCACAAACAUUCUGUUGCUGAACUUACGUCUAUUACUGUGAGAAACAUUAAUGCAAAGAGCUGUACAAGUUCAUGGAGUCUGUUAGAAUGAAAAACAUAAUAAGAACUGGUCUGUCCUCGUAUAUUUUCAGUCUUAAGGUCAAAAGAAGGAGAACUGGACAGAGGAUAAGAAAUAGUAUGAGUGAUGACUGAUGAAGAAGGUGUAGAAAUGAUCCCCCGCACUUUCUGAACUAUUGCUGUCCAUAUGAGGAUUAAAUAUGUCCAGUAUGUUUUAUGCUGAACUGGAUAUCCUUAAGUAUUUUCUUGUAGGUACAGCCAUAUUCUGAUCAAACCGUGACUGUAACAAUAAUGAGUAGAGUUCUAUGGCUACAGUUGGCAUUACUGUAGAACUCAAAGUUAUACAACUGGCUCAAUGUAUGUAGUUCAACCUACCAUGUUCAUUGGUCCCAACUAGUGCACUUUAGUUCUGCUUUGGACAAACACGUAGAGCAGGUAGAACAGGUAUUAACAUUUUAAAAGGACAUUCCUCUGCUCUGGGCACUCGCCUGCCUCUUAAGUUUAGCUCCACUGAACUACACUACCAGGAAGUAACAGGAUUGGUUGUUUGAUUGACAGCCGGGUGGUGUAGCAAGGUUAAUUCCUAAAAGGUCUAAUUUCUAUUGAAAUCUGAACGUUUUGUAAAAUGAAAAAGGAGGACACACUCUACACACCUAAAGUACACAUAAAUAAAUGCUACAGCAUUUCAUGGAUUUAGUCUGUUCCUUUAAUAUAUCCCAAGUAUUAUACAUGAAAGGCCAAUAAAAAUAGUAUAAAAUAUAGAAAAAUAAUUAACAUUAAUACACUGCAGCAGCAAGGGGUUAGAACAGAGAAGCACAAUAGUCCCACAAGGUGGAUUACCAAUUUAGGGCCCUCUUCAUUUUUCAUGCAGAAAUGGUUAAUGGGGCCUAAAAAAUUCAUGGUUGAACCCCAGGGACCAAGGUGGCCUCCUAGGGUUGCCUUAUAAUUCUGGGUUACAAUGAUUAAAAGGCGUGUGAGAAAAAUGUGGGGACAUUUUUUUUCAUUUAUAAUGACACUGAAAUGGUACUUUCUUAUAAUUAAUUUAAAAUUACUUUUGUGAACCAAAGUCGACACAGCAUCCAACACCAUCCUCAUGUUGAAGCAUUGUGGGAGCAGUUGUGCGAUAAUUUUUUACCAAUGGUUCCUUAUCACCUCAACAGAGCUUGUGCACUUUGUCUCAGUGAACAAUGGUCAGACCUGAGAGAUCUGGGUGUUCAAAGCAAAUACAGUCUUGCCCAAAAUACUGUAAACUGUUAUUAAAAUAAAAGUUGGCUCGGCCAAGUUCUAAGUCUUAGUGGGGAAGUGAAUUGAAUUCUUCUGCAAUAAAUAAAAGUUUGCCUGUACUAAAAAUAUUUUAUGAGAAAAGUGUACAGAAGGAUCAGCGCUUAAAAACUUAAAUAAAGGCAGCACCCUAAAGGAUAGGGCUCCCUUACAGGCCCUAUAUGUAUAUAGGUAUAAAUAAGUAGAAAAAGGUGGUGUCACAGACAUAAUAUGUACAAUUAAAUAUAAGCAAGUAAUAAUAUAGAAAUAAACAAUGAUAUAUAAUACAGGGAGAGAAUAAAAAAAAAAAUAAUAUAUAUACAUACAUAUAUAUAUCUCAUCCCAAGGUUUUACUGGACUCUUUUUGGACUGCUCUAUAUAUAUAUAUAAAAAGAACAGUCCAAAAAGAGUCCAGUAAAACCUUGGGAUGAGAGAACGAUCACAGUUCUAUCUGAGGUAGAGACGUCUAUGGAGUAGUGGGAUCAAGGGGUUUGUGGGAUCCGUAUGGAAGAGAAAAGAAUAUCUAAUAGUGCAAUUAUGGAAUUAUGGAUUUCCACUUGAGAAAGCCCUAAGGGGAGAAACGCAUUGUGCAAAUUUUAACUAACUAUUUUAAUAAAUGUAUUUUGGCCACUUUCUUUGUUGUGAGUUAGCAAUUUUAUCUUUUUACCAUUUUUAUUAUUUUACUACCUGGUAUCUGAGUUUUACUUGUUCCAGAGAGAUACUACUCCAAAGCAUCCUUGGUGGGGAUUAUAAAACUUACACCCUAUCAUUGAGCAGUGCGUCUGCCAAAUCAAAUGUGAGUAACCAUUUGGUAUUUUUAUAAACUCUCCUGGUUUUCUCACAGUGAGCACUAUUGUUGUUUUUUAUGUUACAUAUGGUCCCUAUCUGACGAGAUAAGUGGGGAUUAUACCACUGUACGCUGUUUAUACUAGAGCUAGUUUUUAGCUCUCAAAAACGUGAGUAGAACCAUAUUGACCUUUUUUAUUGGCUGCUACGUAUUUGGGUUUUAUUGCACUAUUAGAUUUUCUUUUCUCUUUCAUUCGGAUCCCACUACUCCAUAGACGUCUAUACCUCAGAUAAAACUGUGAUUGUUCUCUCAUCCCAAGGUUUUACUGGACUCUUUUUGGACUGUUCUUUAUAUAUUUAUAUAUAUAUAUAUAUAUAACAUAGAAACAUAGAAACAUAGAAUGUGACGGCAGAUAAGAACCAUUCGGCCCAUCUAGUCUGCCCAAUUUUCGAAAUACUUUCAUUAGUCCCUAGUCUUAUCUUAUAGUUAGGAUAGCCUUAUGCCUAUCCCACGCAUGCUUAAACUCCUUUACUGUGUUAACCUCUACCACUUCAGCUGGAAGGCUAUUCCAUGCAUCCACUACCCUCUCAGUAAAGUAAUACUUCCUGAUAUUAUUUUUAAACCUUUGUCCCUCUAAUUUAAGACUAUGUCCUCUUGUUGUGGUAGUUUUUCUUCUUUUAAAUAUAGUCUCCUCCUUUACUGUGUUGAUUCCCUUUAUAUAUUUAAAUGUUUCUAUCAUAUCCCCCCUGUCUCGUCUUUCCUCCAAGCUAUACAUGUUAAGAUCCUUUAACCUUUCCUGGUAAGUUUUAUCCCGCAAUCCAUGAACCAGUUUAGUAGCCCUUCUCUGAACCCUCUCUAAGGUAUCAAUAUCCUUCUGAAGAUACGGUCUCCAGUACUGUGUACAAUACUCCAAGUGAGGUCUCACCAGUGUUCUGUACAAUGGCAUGAGCACUUCCCUCUUUCUAUUGCUAAUACCUCUCCCUAUACAACCAAGCAUUCUGCUAGCAUUUCCUGCUGCUCUAUUACAUUGUCUGCCUACCUUUAAGUCAUCAGAAAUAAUCACCCCUAAAACCCUUUCCUCAGAUGUUGAGGUUAGGACUAUCAAAUAUUCUGUACUCUGCCCUGGGGUUUUUACGUCCAAGAUGCAUUAUCUUGCACUUAUCCACAUUAAAUGUCAGUUGCCACAAUUCUGACCAUUAUUUUUUUAUUAUUCUCUCUCUGUAUUAUGUAUCAUUGUUUAUUUCUAUAUUAUUACUUGCUUAUAUUUAAUAGUAAAUAUUAUCUCUGUGGCGUCACCUUUUUCUACUUCUUUAUAAAAAAUAUUUUAUACUCUCAAAGUGUUAAGCAUGUUAUGUAAAAAAAAAUGGCAAACAUCCCGAUAGUACUAAUUUAAAUUCAAGUUUCUACCACCACCAAACAUAGAAACAACCAAGGGACAUGUACUUUGGUAAUGAUCGCUACACAGUAUGUUGUAUUCUAUAUGAAUUUUUCUGUAUUCUUAUUUGUCAGAGGAGUGAAUUGGUCUCUAGCUAAUAUCAGUUACAACUGACUAGUUUAGUUACUAUAUUACAGGAACCAGUAGCAAAAAAAACGCCAAAGAACAACAGGUGACCCUUCAAAAGGAGUUAUAGAUGUUUUAUCUGCGUGCUGAUUGGCCAUUAACUUGAGUUUGGCUCAGGGCUUUUUUGUAAUACAAGGUCAUUGUAUGAUCAUUGAAUCUAUCAUCAUUAAGAUGGCCAAACUGUCAUCUGUCAGACAGUUUAAACACGGCUCUAUAGCAAAUAGCAAAUGUAGACAAAAAGACAGAAUAAUGCAGAAUUGUUCCUCAUUUAAGGUUGUAUAUUACAAUGCACUUCAUAUACUGUCGGUUAUACGACACCUGUCUGCACAGCAUUUGGUGGCUUUGAGCAAUGGUCACCAGACUACCCAUACCUUAUUGUGUUGAAUUACUACAAUUCCCUGCAAAUUGGUAAAUGCACAAAUGAGCCUGCACCUGCUAUGGCUACGAUGUGAAUACAGAAAGGGAUGGGGAGAGAAUUUCAGUUGACCUCAUUAUGCAGGAGUAUUUAGCUUCAUGUGAGCAUCUGUCUCCAGAGGCAGAAGAAUCCUGAGAUCCCAUAAAACACAUUUUUAUGGUUUACAAGCCAUACUGAGACCCUCAUAUGCAAUGCAGAUAGGUGCGUGCUUUUAAACCGCUUCCGUUUCACUAAUUGGUCCAUGGGAGCUAGGAGAUUAGUCUUGCUGUGCUUAUUCCAAUGAUUUAAAAUGGCCAUUCUGUUCAUUUCCCAAAACACAUAAUAAUAAUAAUUGCCUUCAUAAUGUAUUCAAAAUAAACAUAACCCUACAGUGAUAAACCUAACUUUCCAGCAAACCGUAACAUUUAUGUCCAUCAUAUUUUCAGAUUUUGUCUUUAGCUGGAAACUUUGUUUAAAAAGAAAAUGCAUCAUAAAUAAGAGAAAUUUAAUUAAAUGACGAACUUACAAAAAAAAAAAUGCAGGGCAGAUAUACGUUUUGAUAUUGCUCUGUACACAAAUUGCAUAGCAUAGGGCUUAAUUAAAAUAAUUCUUUUUAGAAUGAUUCUGCCUUAAGGGAACACUACUUGCACCAUAACCACUACAGCAUGCUGUAGUCAUUGUUGUGCCAGGAGUACUUUGGCCCAACCUAAUGGUAAGUAGUCAAAUUGUUUGAUAAUAGUUUGAAUUCUUACCUUGGAUCUGUGGGCGCUGCUCCGUGCCUCUCUUCAACCAGAAACUCAUUUCACUGCGCCAAGCCUGGCGAUUCAGGAAUUAGCUCAUUGGCUAAUAGAGCUCAUCUAGAGCUCUCAGCCAAAGAGCUGGCUUUUAGGUCAGAAAAGUUAACUGACCUUCCAGCGCUCAAUUACAGCUGCAGAGACGCAGCACCCAGUGUACCCCAGAGACGAAACCAAACCAUUACCAACAAUUGACUACUUACAUGGGGGGGUUGUCAGAGAACUUAUGGUACCAUAAAACUGCAGCAGGCUGUAGAAAAAAAUCUAAUUAAAACAAGGUUGAACUCCUCCUCAAAUCCUCAGUUAAUGGAAGAACCCUGAAUGUUAAGUGAUUCCAAUUUAAAUGAAUUUAAAUGAAUUUAACUAGAGGAAUCCCAAAUUUCUUUUAAGAUUAUUUGCAUUACACCAGGCAAAGCUGGACCUAUAUAAUAGGACAGGGCUAGCCGAAGACAAGAACACAAGCGGCUAGCGAAGAACAAUUUGUGAGCCUUUGCAAGUCACAUUCUGCAUUUUUGCCUGGAAACGUUUUGUGAAAUUAUUUUGUGUAACAGCUGGAAGUCUCAUAUUUGAAUACCACUUACGAAGACAAGCUCAUUCUCGGGUCUCAACAUUACGGAAGCCGGAACUGUCAUUUUUUUUUUAUAAUUAUGAUAGAUCCACGAGUCUUAUUUAUAAUACCACAUGCAUAUAUACAAGAAAUUUUUUAAAAGCUGCUUGAUUGAUGAUCCCAAGAAUCCUCAUUAGACUCCAAAUUUGUCACUCAGCCUUCAAUUUGUCAUUUUGUUGUUUUUUUUUAUUUAUGUUGUUUUUUUUUGUUUUUUUUAUCUCAACUGCAAAUCAAUUUUUUAGACUUAUGAAAAAGCCAGCCCCCCUCUGAUAUUAAGUAGGGGUUAAUAGUAGCCUGUCUUUUGUUUCAUAUAUGUAAUUACAGGAACCUUCAGCCUGCUGAAGGAAUUCUAAUUACAUGCAAAUGAUAGGGAAAUAGAAAAAGAUAAUGCGAAUUUUAAAAGUCAUCUCCCAGUCCAAUAUUAAAAUUGAAAGCAUCUUAAUCAAAGCACAAGCUCCCCUAAUUGCCCUUUUAAUUACAAGGGCUGUAUACGAAUUAGUCUUCAUAUUCCAUGCCUCUAAUUUGCAUAUCAUUUAGGACUCGCUGAGUAAUAAAUACACAGAGCAUAUAAGCCUGCAAAAAAACAGGGAGAGGAAAAUUGUUAACGAGUAAUUUUGGCCACAGAAUUAAAAGACCAACAGGAGAUUUUGCAAUAAUGUACAGGCUAUUGGAAGAGGAUUGAGAAUCGUGGGAGUUAACAUCAGUCUGUAACACGUUUGUGAAAAUUCUACCUUUUUAUCACAAAGGAACAGGAUUUUUUUUUAAUUUUUCAUGGGUUUAACAUAGGCAUUGCUAGGGAAAGGGCCUUGAAGACUGAAGCCCAGGGUGUGGGGCUAUUUAGCCCUGGAUCUCAACAGUUGGUGUAGGGGACUGGGGGAUAUUAGUGUUUUUCUAAAUUUUGUAUUUUACAUCAGGCAGCUAAUUCACAAACCAUCUGCCUAUUAUAAAAAUACAGAUUGGGGAUAGUGCAUUCCAGGUGACUGUCAGGGGCUGGGGAACAGAAAUUUGCUACAAACCCCUUAAUUAGGUACAUAGUGUGGUGGGAUUACACUGAAUACCUGUGCAUGUGUGUUGUUAUUUUUUGAAACAAAUCCCAGAUAGCAUCAGCAGCACACUGUUUAUGGCUAGAGAGGAGGCUAGAAAACAGGAUAUAUUUAUUUUUGCAAGAAACUGUUUCGUCAAAUAGUUGUAUUCUUAAUUAGACCAGAGACCCAGUAAAAUUUCACUGAUACUAGCAGUGAAGGCCAGGGUACAGGGUAGUACACCAGCACCCCAUGUCUGUUCCUCCCCUCAACUCCAGCUCCCCUCAAAAAAAGUAAGAAUCAGGGGGAAGGAGAGGGAGGUACAUUCAAUACAGUAGGUGUCUGAGUAUGUGACCGUGUGCAUAUGAGUGGGUGCACUUGUGUCUCUAUUUACAAAUGCAUGUGACUUUAUAUGUGAUUAUGUGUCUAGGUAUUUAUGUAACAGUGUUCAUAGUUGUGUGUCUAUAAAUGUAUGUAAUUGUGUGUCUAUAGAAGUAUGUGUCUGUCCCUAUAAACCUGCAUGUUCAUUUACAGGGAUACAAUUGCAUUUCUAAAUCUAAGGCACUUGCUACCUAUUUCAGCUGUUAGCAGAUUUCAUUCCAGAGGUCAGUUUCAGCUGGCUUACCAUCGAUAUCAAUUCAUUGUAUACCAAGAUAGGCUAUAAAUUUGGUCUAGAAGCUUUAGAUUAUUUUUAUGUAAUGAUCUUCUCUUACCUAACUCACAGUUAAUCAGCAUUGUUGAGUUUGUUAGGUUUCAUCUUAACCAUACUUUUUUUAGUUUAAUGGGAAUUAUUUUCUACAGAGCAAUGGAAUGGCAAUGGGGGUCAGUUUUGCACCCUCGUAUAUUAUUAUUUUUUUUUAUUUUUUUUUGCAACAAUUGGAUAUCUAGAUUAAAUACCCUUGUAGGGGCAAUCUGGCCUUCUACCACUAUUUCAUUAGUGAUUUUGUUUCAGUGGAAUUGUGAAGAUAUUGAUUGAUUGUUUUCAGGUAAGCCAUAAUUCUAGCUACCGUAUAUACUCGAGUAUAAGUUUGUGCAUUUUUUGUGCUGAAAAACCUCCACUCGACUUAUACUCGAGAUAAUGUCUGUAUUAUGGCAAUUUACAUUUGUGUUUUGUGUUUAAUAAAAUGUUUGGACACUGAAUGAUUCAGAUAUCCAUUUUUAAUGUUUCUGCAAAGUUCACUUAGUCUUAUUUUUAAGCACCUUGUGGUCAUUCCAACAUAUUGGAGGCCACAAGGGCAUUCGAGCAGAUAGAUAAAAAAAUGUGUAGUACAGUUAAUAAAAUCAUUAAUUUUGUAUACCUUUUUCGUUGCAUUAGAAACAAAUGAUUUGGGGGAACAGUGAUAAAGAUGGUUUAAUUUUUGUUUCCCUUGUAAAAUUCUUAGUUAAAAUUGAUUUAAAAUUAGGGGCUCCUCUAAAAACUAUAUUGGGGUGUUCUGGUAAAAUUUUGUUAAGAGUAUCAUCAUGUUUUAAAAUAUGUCAAUGUUUUUUUAUAAUUUUCUUAAUAUGGCCACUUUUGUUAUUAUAAUUAAAAAUAAUAGGUAGGUCAUAGUACCAUCAGUCUCUUUUGCUUUAUAUGUCAAGAGUUCGUCUCUGUCUUUUUGUUGAAUGUUAUUGACAGUGUCUGUUAAAAUUGAUUCAGAGUAAUUCUUUUCAAUAAAAUUAUUUUUUAAGAAAUCUGCUUGUUGUUUAAAAUCAUUUAAUUGUGAACAAUUUCUCCGAAGUCUUAAAAUUUGACUUUUGGGGGCACUGUCGAGCAAAGUUGGUAAUGACAACUGGAUUUGUCAAUGGCAGAAUUUGCAUAGACUUUCUUAAAAAAAAUUUUGGUGUGUAUUUGGCAAUUUUGAAUGAAAAUAUUGAGAUCUAAAAAAUUAAUAUGUUCCUUACUAUAUUCGUAAGAUAAAAUGAUGCCUCUGUCGUUAGUGUUUAGAUGGUUAAUAAAAGAAAUAAGACUAUCUUCUGGGCCUUCCCAGAUAAAAAAAGAGGUCAUCAAUAUAUCUAAAAUAGGAAACUAGGUUUGCCCUCCAGGCAUGGUCACCAAAGAUGGCUUCAGAUUCCCAAUGUGCCAUGAAUAAAUUAGCGUAACUGGGGGCAAACCUAGUUCCCAUAGCAGUCCCUCUGUUUUGGAGAUAAAAAGAGUUAAGAAACCAGAAGUAGUUAUUUUUUAAAAUUAUAUCUAUACCUUCUAAGAUAAAUUUAAUUUGGGUAUCGGCUAUCUUGCGUUCAUUGGUUAAAAUUUCUUUAAUUGCUAGACAGCCACUAGUGUGAGGUAUGAUAGUAUAUAGUGAUUGGACAUCACAAGUCUUAUGUGGUAUCUUGGAUAAUCAUUGCUUCUUUUAGAGGGAAAUCCAAAAUGAAAUUCUUGGAAUUAUUUUUUAGAAGUUUAUUUGCGUUCUCACCUAUAUAUUUUAGUCAGCUGACGUCAGUAGAUAUUUGCAGGCUCAAUGCUCUCACGAUGUUAAAAGGAUCCAAAACAUACUCUUUGGCCAAUACUUACAUUGACACAGAAAUUGUUCAUUUUUAUUGGAUUGGGGAGCUUUAUCUCUGAUUCACCAUUCUUUAGAAAAAGAAUAUCAAUCUGAUGUAGUCUCGAGGGCUUAUCUAAAGGCUGGAGAAUGUAAUAGAUGUAGUUUGAUUUCCAAAGAGCGAUCUGAGUCAGCUUUAGACACAGAGAUAAGCCAAAUUGGCAAUGAGAUUAUCUUGGAGGAAAUACUUAUCUUGGAGGAAAUACCCUUUAUCUAACCAUGAAUCCAAUUUUAGAUGUGGUAAUAUAAUAUUAGCAACAAAAUGAAGAGAACGAUUGCUGGCAGAGAUGUUAUGUGGUCUAUUUCAGGUCCUAUUUUGGUGACCACAUUCAACCGUGCAUAUAAUGAAAUUUAUGAUAUUUUGGCUAGAUACUGGGACAUUUAAAAUGCAGAUUAAGGAACAGUCCACACAAAAAAAUACAGAUUUUUGUAAAAUCGGACAAGUCUGCUUAAAAUCACUUAUCUUAGCUAACAAAUAUAAGGAUAGGGUUACGCCAUGUGGGCCUAUUGUUUUAAGCCCACCACUAUGUUACAGUUUCUCAAUAUCGGUGGGUUUUAUGCUAAUUUUAACGUUAGAGAUGCGAACUGCAAUACUUACUGCUUAAACUGUUUCCAGAGACCCUCCUCAAAUUUGUGCUUUCCUGUGGUCACCUCCAAAGUAGAGGGGCAGGGUGUGCAUCCUGAAAAGAAUCUGUUCUGUAUUAUAUAUAUAUAUAUAGAGAGAGAGAGAGAGAGAGAGAAGGUACGUAGGGCAUGUUGCUACUGUCCUUGUACACAGCUGGAUGGUUUUUCCACAUUCAGCACAGGUCCAUUUGGACUUUAGUGAAUAUUCUAUGUAUGUAUGUGACUGUGUGUGAUAGUGUGUCUCUGUACAUGAUUGUGUAUGUGAAUGUGAUAUAUAGAUAUAUAUGAACAAUCAUGUUGCUAGGUGAAUGGAUAGUUGUAUAUGUAUCCAUAUAUGUAUGUGUGAGUGUGGUAAGAUAUAUGGGGAUGGGGUGCCAAGUUAUCACUGACUUAAUGUAGACAAAAACCAAAACACAACACGCAAUUACUCACUUUGUUAUCUUGCCAGUCAAAAAACUAUCCUUGGUAGAAUUUGAAUUAUGCUUUUCUUUUCUGUAAAUCUUACAAGCAAAUACACAACAUGCAACUUCCUUGCAGGGAGACCAUAAAAGGACUAAAACUGCAUGAGUAGCAAAUUGCAUGAGUGUCUUUUUGUUCUGGUUGUGUGAGCUGCUCAAAGCUUCUACAGUCAUUCUGGUGAAUUAGAAACACCCAGGAACUUGGCAGUAUUCUAAAACUGAUUGAUAACUACACAUUAUACUUAACAUUUCAGGUAUAUAGCGGUAAUUAAAAGGUGAAUUCCAUUAAGCAACAUCAGUAUAAUAGCCAGGAGAGAAUGAGUUCUUCGGAGAGUUAUCAUUGCUUCCGAAAUUAGCAGUCACACAAAAGAAAAUACUUUGGAUUAUUUAAUGCUCAUAUGAAAAUUUCAUUUAACAUAAUUAUGUAGCACUUACAUCCUUCCAAAUUUAAUUCUUCCCUCCCCAACACUGCCGGUCUGCUUUUUCCAUAAGCAAUGCUGGGCAAAAACUAUGACUCUUGCUGCAAUACACGGACCGACAAGGGUAUUGCUCAUUGUAUGGAUAUAUAUAUAUCGAUCAUUGCUUUCUAAAUCUAUUUAAUUUAAAAAAAACAACCCUGAUUCUCUGAUUUUGCUAAAUUCUGGACACACUGCCCAAAGUUCCAGAAUCUCCAAAACGCAUUGUGUGGAAACUUUCCUGAUUAAUCUGACACUCCUGGCAAAGGCUACUAUACAGGGCUUACCAGUGGUGAUUGUGUUAGCCGGGGUGUAGUUCUACUGUUCUACGCCUCACUAAUGUGACCCAAAGAAAACAAAAUGAUCAUCUAGGGAUAGUGUAUUUCUCAUGUAGUCGCUGUUAUUUUGGAUUUGGACAGACCUUGUGGGUGAGAUCCGCCUGAUAAGUGACCAGCCUAGGUUCUCUCCAUAAUCAUACAUAUGAACAAAAACAUGUUUAAAUCUUGACCGGAAUCUAACCUAACAUAACUAUUUUACCGUUACAGUGAACUCUAUUGCUUGAUACAGUGUUUGUCUUAAAGGGACUUUCCAGUGCCAGGUAAACAAACCCAUUUUCCUGGCACUGCAGGAUCCUGCAAUGCCCCCCUUCCUUCUGCCCCCCAAUCCCAUGUCCUUCUAAGUCUGCCCUCUGUGGCUGUCUAUCAGACAGCCACUAGAGGGGUUCCGGAAUCCAAACCGACCUUUGGUCGGUUAUCUGAUGCCGUAGUGUCAGAUUUGCCCACGCUCCUCCCCCACCGAUGUCAGCCGGUGGGGGAGACCUAAUGUGCAUGCAUGGCAAUGGCCCCACGCGCACAUUAGACCUCCUCGUAGGAAAGCAUUAUUCAAUGCUUUCCUUUGGGGAAAAUCUGACACUACAGCAUCAGAUAACCGACCAAAGGUCGGUUUGGAUUCCGGAAGCCUUAGAGCUGCAAUGUAAACACUAAGUGCAAUAGGGGCACAGCACCCAGACCACUUCAAUUAGCUGAAGUGGUCUGAGUGCCUGUAGUGUCCCUUUAAUUGUGCCUAUUAAUAGUAUAGGAAUAUUGUACUUCCUCUACCCAAUGCCAAAUUAUGGUUCUAAUACAGUUGUUCUUAACCUCUGAUUCAGGACACAAAAUUGAGUCUCCGUGCUAUUUCAUUAGGUCGCCAGUAGUUCAGCCAUGCACAGCAUUAGGUUAGGCCCUAAUUAAAUUGAUUUAAGUUUGCUAAGUUGGGUUGCUGCACUAGUCCUGCCCUCCUAGAUGCAAUAGGGACUUCUUUCACACUAGUAAUAGUUUAACGAAGGGUAUUUUGCAGAUUUGAAUUGUUUUAGGUAUUAUGUAACAAAUGAAGAAUUAGUCAUUUUAAAGUAGAAGAAUGUUUUUAUCAGGUAAUAUCAAGUAUUUACGUUCCUGUCAAUGACAAGAAUAAAUGGUCUGGGAUGAUCUGAUGCCACCAUUCUGGUGUUGCCAUUUUGGAUUCUACUAUAUUGGAUAUUAUUUUAUUAAACAAAUUCCGUUUUAAAACUUAAAGGGACACUGUACUCACUAUUAUCAUAUCAUCUCUUUGAAUUGUUUAUGAUGCAUGGACUCUCCUGGUACUGUCUCUCCAUACAAUGUUAAACUAUUUUAGAGCUGUUUAACACUAAAUAAGGGAUCAAGGUCACACACAGUCCGGCCUCUACUGGAGGUGUGGCCAAGGCAGAGAUAACACACUUCCUUAAAGUUAUACCCUUCAUACAGUCAGUUGGAGCUCUGAUAAGCUAAAAACAGAUAGCUGACACUCUCAACCAAUCAUAGCUGCCCGUUGCUGCUCAUGCUAGUACUUCCUCAUUCGCCAAAGCAGCACAAAUGAGAGGGGCUGCUGGGGACUCUAAUUUAGCAUUGAAAUAUGAAAUACUGUUUAAUGCUGAAUGAAAUUAUGGAACUCUGGACACUAUAAUCAGUUUAAUGAAAUGAAGCAGAUACAGUGCCUACAGUGUCCCUUUAACAACAUUCCAGCCAAACUUCCUUUUAAUAUUUCUUUGAGUCAACUGUCCCAGAAUGCUUUGCAAUAAGUACCAGCAGCACAGAGCUAUGCAUCACUGUUUACUUAUCUCCGAUGAGAUGGACACGCACUAUUUUUGUUGAUGGUUGCCUUCCUGCCGUUAAAACAUUUACUGGUAGAUUACAGACGUACAUUAGAACAGCAGUAAUAUCAUUCCUUGCAGAUCAAACCAAUUUGGAUUCCUCAAUCCAUAAGUGACAAAAGCCUGCUGACUCAUGAAUCACGCGAUUAAUUGAAACUGCAAGAAGGUGACACUCCAUUUGUUUUUUAACUGACCAGAAUCAGAUUUAAGGCUACAAUAGGAUGGAAAUUGCAGUGUGUGCACCUUGCUUUUCAGACAUGACCAAGCACCUCUCAUUCUCUUACCUAUGACUCUUUACAGUGGCUCAUUGCAGCCUUUAAGCACAAUUGUUAACUCAAUUGACAUCUAGACAAAGACUUUACAAUUCCAGUCCUUGAAGUCUUAUAACAAUGCCAGCUGUUGUCAUUUUUCACGGGAGAGCUGGUGAAUCACCAAGUGAUUGUAAUGUUCUGAAAUGUAUUCUAGUGAGGUCAUCAUUAACCACCUAAUGCAAAGAGUUGGUCAAAUCGGAGUAUAAACAUAAAAGUAUGUAAUAUUGCAGUAAAAAAGUCAAAAGCUUUAUUCAUUUACAAAUUGUACAACAUGGUUUGGUGGUACGUCUUACCCAAAUAAUGUGUCAAUGACAAAACAACACGAAAAGGCUAAUAGAAAAAUAAAAUAUAUCUAUAAAGAAAAAUAGAAACAAACAUGCUGGUCAAACAUACAGGUUUGUUAAGUGGGGGACAAAAAUCCCAAAGUUUCUGCAAAUAGCCUUUAUCUGUGUUUAACCUCUUAAGGACCAAACUUCUGGAAUAAAAGGGAAUCAUGACAUGUCACACCCCUUAAGGGGUUAAAGCCUAGAGUCAUGGAAUAAAUUAAGGUAUUGUUAAAUUUAUUUGGUUAAAUAGGGAAAUCUGUGAAAUAAAAAGGUGCUACCCAUUAGUGCCUAGUGACAGGGAGCAAACAGCCAUAGGCGCGUUUCAGUCUGUUAUGAGUAAGUCUCCCUGAUGACGGCGUGCUGACACACCAAAAAGCGCGUCUGGCUGUUUGCUCCCUAUCACUUUUAUUUUUAUUUAUAUGUAAACUUCUUUGGCUAUUAGGGCUAUUAGUUCAGUCAGGCACUCAUAGUUUUACUACUGUGCUGAAGUAUUCCAGGGCUAGUUGUGAGUUUUUUUUAAACGUCAUCUUCCGUCCCCCGUCCCCUCCUUUAUUUUUGUCAUAUUGAGGGUGGAUGGAUAGUGGUUAGAUUUAUCUUCAGUAACCCCAUUUCUUAGGGACCUCUUUUAUUCCCUUUUGUAAUUGCCAAAGCACCUAAGUCCUACCUGUCUAUUUGUGUAUCUGAUCAUUGGGGCUGCCCUUGGGUGGAAUCAUAUAUAUAUAUAUAUAUAUAUAUAUACUGUAUAUAUUUGUUUGGAGAGCUGAUCAUUUUAUACCCCCCUCCCCUUUUUUUUACACCUUAGACUAGCCCAAGCUCUUAGUCAUUUUGUCUUGUCUGCCUUUUGAUAUCUUAUGUCUCGUUUCCACUGAGCGGAUCGGUUCGGGUCAGAACAGUUUGGAAGGUUUAGAAUGGUCCAGUCUAUUCAGGUGAGCGUAUCCACUGCAAGUCAGACCUACAGGGGCCAUGCAGAGUUUUAGAAAAAAUGCAUAGCGUGUCAUCCAAUCAAUGGAUUGUAUAGUAGCUCCGUCCUAACCGUACCGUACCAUUUCCUAUGGCCCUACAUCUGAAGCAGGACCCUGAUCGGUGCGGUACGGUUCGGUUGUAUGGGCCACUUUCAUAAUGGAAACACUCAAAAUAGCGUACCGAACCGACCCGAACCAAUCCGCUCAGUGGAAACGAGGCAUUAGAUGCAAUAAAAGUUAAAAUGUCUUUUGUUCUGUUAUCCAUUCUCCCCUCCUUGGGCUCCCUUUUUUUUUUUGAGGGACCCUGUUCUUGUUUUACAUUGUUUGUAUAAUUAGGGUUACCCCGUGUUAGAGGGAGCACCAUAGUAGGUGACUCUGUGGAAACCGUCCACCAGCCCCUGAUCUUUUUUUAGGCUGUGAUGCUGUUUCCUUAUUCCAUUCAUUUACUUUCUACUCCCUGGUACAUAGGGAAAUGAGACGUAGCUACUUAGAAAUCUAGGUUGAAAAAAGACCCAGGUCCAUCAAGUUCAAACUUUCACACAUAUGUUUCUGCAGGUGAUAAAAAGUAAGCAAAAAAAUUUAAUCUGAGGCAAUGUCCAAUAGUGUAAUAAACAGAUAUCUCCUUGGAUUGACAAUCUUUGUGACACCUUCAAUAUACAGCUUUGUGGAAAACAAAAAUUAUUUUAAAUCUGAUAUGAUUUAUUUUCUUUUUUUAUACCAUAUGCAAUGUCCCCCAUGUACAGGAAUUGCAUUAUGCACUCCUGAUGUCAAAGACUAAAAUUUAACUUGACAAAAAGAGCCAUGGAACAUGCACAUUGACCCACUCCCACUGUAUCCCCCUAGUGUUUGGAUUUAGUAAUGCACCAAAAAGAUCCCAGAGGUUAUAGCAAGAAUUAGAGAGAUCCAUUUGAUGGACGAACUGACAGCCAGAUUAAGAGGCUCACUUCAAAGAUUCCUUAAAAUAUGGGAACCUUGGGAUAGUAGCGACCUGGGACAGGGCUGAGAUGGCUACCCAAUAGCUCAGACCACAUGAUCCCCCCCCACACACACACACAUAGCACCAACAGGUGCUUGUCACCUUAGAUCAACAAACUCUCAAUAGGUCCCACCUCUCACUCACUUUCCCCUCUUUAUCUCUCUUUUCACUCCUAUCUCUCCCUGUUUUUGCUAGUCCAGUCCAGGAGGCAGGACUAGUGGAUGUUGUUAUUACAUCUGAUAUGGAAAAUAACUGGUAUACAAUACGUGAGGCUUACGUUGUUACUCUCGAGAGGUGGCGGAUGCCCCACCCUUACGUUAUUGAAAGCUCAUGGUUAAGUAAAGAUAUAACUGCAAACAUAAACACAUGUCUGGUAUACUGGUAAUGUCAUUCUUUCUCCAAAACUCCUUGACGAUUGGCCAAAUUGUAAUUAUUUUUGUAGAAUAUGAACUGUUCGAGGACAUGUUGUCUUUUCCUCUUUCAUUGACAUAAGUUAUGAUAUUGUACUAUAACUGAUAUUCGCUCAAGCUAUGUGGCCACUGAUAUGUUCGCUGAUUUUGUCAAGAUGAAAAAAUAAAGAAUUUAAAAAAAAAAAAAAGUAAUGCACCAAAGUAGCAUCCUACUCAUGUUAAAACAUGGAAUCCUCUUGGGCAGGCUGUAGGUGUAACAGAUAGUGGAGGAGCCUUAGGCUACAAAGUGUUGAUGUUUUUUUUAGACUCAUCAUUCAUGAUUUUUCUUUGAUGAUUGCUCUUGGGAAUUUCUAAUCCAGUUCAUACAUCUAAUGCAUCAUGGAAAUUACCACAUUCAGUGAACAUCCCGCUUAGAAUUUUUAGCGCAAAUUAAGGAAUGCUCUGGGUUAAAUAUGACUCCAAUUAAUGCAUUUAAAUGAACUAAUAACAUUUUUUUUUAAAUUACUAAAAAAUAAAAAUGGAAAAAUAUUUGAAGUUCCUACAUUUACUGCAAAUUCGAAAGAUUUCCAAAUACACUGCAGUGAGCUCUGCCCAAACCAAGUAAUUGCUGAAAAGUCCAAUUAUCCAUAUCCCAAUAUAGUACUAGCAGCUGUUUCUAUCAUGAAAAAACAUGAUUGAAACUGCUGCCUAAGCUCAUAGCAGUACAACCAGCUGCAAAACAUGACCAAACACCUUGCUCCUUCAUAGAAUGCAGCGAUUGGAACCUCUCACAGGAGAUGGGGGUGCUUGUAUUGCUUGCCCCCUCACUCUAGGCACAAGUCGUUACAAGUACACAAGUGGCACAUGAGAUAAUUCAGUGAUAGGGAGGGCUUGUAUCUGAAGCAAAGUAUACAAACCAUUUAAAGGAUCACUAUAGGGUCAGGAACACAAACAUGUAUUCCUGACCCUAUAGGGUUAAACCCACCAUCAAGCCCCCCUGGUCCCCUCAUGCCUCCCUAAAUAUAGUAAGGUCUCACUUGUAUUCAAGUCUGGAGCUGCUUGCUUUGUCACGGUUUCCUUUUGACCUGCCCAUUGCCUGCUGACCUCAUCAGAAGUGGUAGCAUGAUCCAAUCACAAUGCUUCCCCAUAGGAUUGGCUGAGACUGACAAAGAGGCAGAUCAGGGGCAGAGCCAGCAUGAUUCAAACACAGCCCUGGCCAAUCAGCGUCUGCAUGCAGAGGGAGGAGAUACUGAAUGUUUGGAUGCAUUUUAGGCAGCCGUGACCCAGGAAGGAUCUCUAACAGCCAUCUGAGGAGUGGCCAGUGAAGUUAUCACUAGGCUGUAAUGUAAACACUGCAUUUUCUCUGAAAAGACAGUGUUUACAGCAAAAGGCCUGAAUGUAAUGAUUCUACUCACCAGAACAAAUUAAAUAAGUUGUAGUUGUUCUGGUGACUAUAGUGUCCCUUUAAUUUAUAAGCAAAUGAGUGCAGGGAGACCAUAAGCCAUGCAAAGUGUAUAGGUAUGAGGUGGGCAAAUGGUUGAUCCCCAGAUGCUGGAGAACUGCAACUACCAUAAUGCUUUGCCAGCUUUUAGAAUGGCAAAGCAUCCCGGAACGUGCUGUUCUACAUCCUCUGGCGAUCUCUGGAGAUCAUAUUGCAAUCUUUCAAUAAAAAUACCUUCACAUUUCUUGUUGAGUUUCAGAAUUGGCUGCUUUUAUUUUUCUGUUUAUACAAACUGUCAGAUUUAAAGAUACUUUGAAUCCCACAAUGCGCAAUUUUAAUGAUACUAAUAGUAGUCAUUUUAUCUUUAUUUUUAAAAUGUUAUGCUUUAAAGCUCAAGAGGAAUUACAGAACAUUUUUCCUACGCCUGUUUCUCGGGAAAGAAAUCAUAAAGCGCUGGGCUGCUGUGAGAAGCUGCCAAUUAUUAAUAAGCUUAAAGAAAAUGUACGACUGCCGUGUUUAAUAACUGCAACACAUAUUAUCUUUAUUUUCUCUAAAAUACUUGAAGGAAUCCCAACUAGCAAGAAAAAUGUCCACGAUAAGGGCAAAUUCCACUCCUGUUCAAUUAUAUGCUUUUAUAAAUUGAGGGGCCGUACUUUCACGUUCUGUAAUAACACAUGUAUUAAUUGGCUUGCCACACUAAGCUUACAGUAGUGGCUUAUAAAAUCUUACCGUCUGGAGUCAACUGGCUCUAUUGACUGGAAAUAGCCCAGUCAGUAUUAGUGUAUGUUUAACCUUGCAUUAACCUUGCUUGGGGGGAAAAAUAUAGACGGUGCAUCCAGGUUUAUGAAGAUAGCUUUAAUAUGAGCACAAGGGGUUCAUUCAGUUUAAUAGUUUCCAUCGGGAAUUGUAAAUUAAAUGUCUUUCUACAAAUUUUCAUUGUUGCAUUGAACGAUAUUUUCUGUAACUACUUUCAGAGGCCAUCAAAAUCAAUGCACUCUGUAUUCAUGUACACAAUCUAGAUAAAAUUGUGUUGUCACGAACCACUAUCCAUUUUCUGCAAAUAUAUUUUAUUAUGAUCUAGUAACAAGUACGAUUUAAAGGGGACCUGACCACCAGUUUUCUUUUUAUAUUAUGUUUACCUAAUGAAACACUAUAGAAUUAAUUAUUUAAACCUGUAGUCCUAAUGCUAAAGUGUUCUCCCCUGCCUUUAGUUUUAAGUACCCCCUCCCAAAUCUAAAAAGAAAAAAUGGAAAAAAAGGAUUUUACUCACCGUUUUGUUUUUUAAGCUCCGAGAUCUAGUCCCUGCAGCCACUUGAUCUGCCCCCACCGGUGUAAUGAUGCAUCCUCUUCUCAUCCAAUCAUAUAUUAUUUGGGACGAAAAUCACUGCGUUCCUCCAAUCAAAUGGAGAUUAGCUGUAAGAACAGAGUUUGGCCUGGCUCUCAUACCAGAAACAUCUCUAGUAGCUAUCAGGAAGAAAGUCACUAGAGGUGUAUUUAACCCUGCAGCUUAAUAAUUGAAUAGCAACCACAUCACGUGAAGCAACUGUGAUCCCAGUUAGAACUUAGCAAGCAAAGUCUAACAUUAAAAAAAAAACAAGGGGAUUUAUACAUUAAAAUGGGGAACAAUUCAAGUUUAAUCUACCUUUAAAAGUUACAAAAUCUCUCUAUCACUACUAAAUGGCAAUGUUUUGCCAUCAUUGAAUUAAAGUGUUUCAGAUUUAAGGUUAAAAUAGUUGAACUGUUAAAAUUAUGUAAAUCAGCUAUGCUUUCAGCUACUCCGACUUAAAUUUGAUAUUCACUUUGACCUCUCUUUGAAGUCUCACUUUAGUAAAUAACUCUGUGAAGAACAUUUAACUCCCACAUAAAGAGUGAUGGAAUACACCAAAACAAAAAAUACUUUUGAGAAGUUUCAUACAAUACAGGUAAACUUGCUAACAAUGAUACGCUGUGUUUUGUAGGUUCUUGGAGCCCAGUGAAGAUGACCUUUCGCUGGCUCUGGCUUCUGGUAGUGACAAUCGCCUUUUUCCCAUUCGCCCAAUGCACAAAUGAGAAGGUGAAAACUGGGGACAUCUAUCAUGGCAACUACAAAAGAAGAGUCAAGAGGGACUUUGUAUGGAAUUCCAUGACAAUUGAGGAGGAACAAAAAACUGCCCUGCCACAUUUUGUUGGUCAGGUGAGAUCUUCACUCCAGUCUCAACCAAAUUUACUAUUUAAUUAAGGCUUAUCUUGUUUGUUUCUUUUUUUGUUGUAUUUGUUUGUUUGUUUGUUUGUUUAAUAUGUGCAUAAGAAAAUAGUAUUAGAGCACAUUCUAUAGGCCCAAGUAUGGAAUCUCAAUUCACAAUGCAACCACGCAACAUACACUGGUCAUAAAAAGUGACCUCUUUCUUCUCACUAACUGUACAAUUGUGCAUAAAAAUUAUGGAUUUUGUUCUAAAAAGAAAUAAGAAAUCAAUUACAUUAAUAUCAAUUAAUAUUACAAUAAGUGCUUGAGAACUACGUGUUCCGAGAUGCUUGGCCAUUUAGCGUUUGUAAUUCAAAGCCUUUUCAAAAACAACCAUAGCUUUGUGCACCUGCAGCCGUCUUAAGUGUGGUUCCUUCUUGCUCACAUUAUUAAUGUGUUAAUAUGAUUGACUUGCAGCUCCAGGCCAAUGAAACAAAUAAAGAUGUUGCUAAAUUUGCCAUUGAUGGAGAAGGAGCCAACACCACCUUCAAGGUGAAUGAAGAGAAUGGAGAAAUAUAUUGCUUUGAAAUGUUGGAUCGGGAGAAAAAGGCACAAUAUAGGCUCUCUGCAAUCCUGGUUAAUAAAUAUACUGGCAAAACCCUGGGGCCCAAAUCUAUCUUUACUAUUAGAGUGCGUGAUAUUAAUGAUAACGCCCCCAUAUUCACAAAGAAUAUAUAUAAUGCAUCCGUUCCUGAAAUGUCUCCAACAGGUAUGUGCUCUAUUGACAGGCUCUUGUAACAUUGUUCUGUUUCACAGUAUCUUCUGCAAUGAAGAAAAAAUGAUGCAUGCGGUUAAUUAUUUCAUAUUUUGUUUUUCCGAUUCAUCGUGUUCUGCCUUUAGGCACCUUGGUAACUACAGUUACAGCCUUGGAUGCCGAUGAUCCCACAUUAGCUGGGCAUGCCAAAGUAGCCUAUCAAAUCACAAAAGGACAAGACCACUUCACAAUUAAUAACAUGGGUGAGUCAAUUUACUAUGUUACUGGUGGCAUAUUAUAGUUCAUAAUAAAUAUACAGCGAUAAUAAGAGAGUAUAAAAAAUAUAUGGCAAUUUUUAACAAGCAAAGUAGAGAGAAUCCACAAUAGUAUAUUUAUUAACUAUACAUCAGAGAAUUAAUUGAUUGGUUUAGUAUAUUGUUUAUUUAUUGACACAACUAACAUGUUAGAAAGUGUGAGUAAAUGGAUCUUAUGGUAAAGAUUUAGUAGGCUAAAAAGUGAAAGAUAAGAAUCUAAUACAAACCAAGGAAACACAGCAGAGACACUGGGCUACCACCUGCAAGGGCAACACGACAGUUACAUUGGUCUAGCAUCUGGUAAUGGAAAAAGGUCCAGGCACUCCAAUCACUACAGGUACAUUUAUUGGAACAGAAGAAACACUACAACGUUUUGACCCAGAUCUGGGUCUUUGUCAAGCCUUUGUUGUCUCGGUCAAAACGUUGUAGUGUUUCUUCCGUUCCAAUAAAUGUGCCUGUGGCAAUUGUAGUGCUUGUUCCUUUUUCUAUUACCAGUAUCUAUUAUUGUUGGGCUUGUGCUGGCCCAUGGUCCAGUUUAGCACCCUUUUUUUGCUUCUGUGGAUGGAGUGCAGUUCUUAUGGCAUAUUGUAAUUGAUCUAGCAUCUUUCAGGGUUACACAGCUUAAUGUAUCAAGGGGAACAAUAAUUAUUGUUUUUCCUUAACAUAGGCAACCUGUAUGAUCAAAGAGGAAAACUAGUCACAAGUCAAAGCUUAACAAUAGGAAAAAAACAGAGUAGUUGAUUCAACAUACAAAAGAACAACGUCAAAAAUUCACAUACAGUACUGAAUCAAUGCUUUGGCUCCUGAGUUUCUGGCCUCAUGAGUUUCACAGAGCUGGAAUUUAUCACAGAUGUAUUUCCUUUGCCAAUGCAAAAAUAAAAAGUGUAAAAGCUAACCAAAGGUGCUAAGGUUUCUUGAAUCAUAUUUAAACCUAUAUUCUAUAUCUCAAUGGGUUUACAGACCGUAAUAUUUGUUGCCAACCAUUGCCCAUGGUGGUACAUCCAUAAUGGCAUGAGCUGUCUUGCCAUGGUCAUCAGGUUCGAUAAUUGUUCUGCUUAGCUACACAACAACCAAGUACUAUUGCACUUUACAAAACUCACUACACUCUACUCUACACUACACUAUUUCUUUAUGGUGUUACCUGUUACCUUAUUUUAGUCCAUGAUUAUCAAAUACUCAAUAUUAAUUUACAGAGAGAUUUCAUAAACAGGAAAAUUAGAUGUAAGCCUUCUUCAUUGCUCAAAUGACCGAAAGCUUUUUUUUGGUGAUGAUCAAUGUAAUGUCUCACAACUCAUAGUACAUGACAUGUAUGAGAACACUACAGAAAUGAAAAAAGUCAACAUUAGGUGAUGUCAUGUCCUUAAUACUAAUAUAUUGUUAUGUAUAUAUAUAAUUUUGUUCCCUAAGGGUGUUGAGGAGUGUGAUUAUAACUGCAACCAAUGUUUUUCCAUUCGUAAAUAAUUUUUGAGCAAAUAUUUACAGCAGGGGUGCCCAAAAAGUAGAUCGAGCGAUGUUGUUGAACUACAACUCCAGUGAUGCUUUGCAUGCCCCGUUGGAAUGCCUUUAGAAUGGUAAAGCAUCAUGGAAGCUAUAGUUUUAAAACAUCUGGGGAUCUACAUUUUGGGCACCCCUGGAUUAUAUUUAUAGGUAAGAUAGUAAGACAUCUACAAUCAGUACAGUAGUGCAAAGACGGUGAGAAAAACAUUUCAUAAACCAACAACAAUUCCUAAAAAAAGUAUUGGAAUAAUGUAGGUAACAGGUGUAAGUAAGGUCCAGAUCGAUAUGAUGUGAGUGGUAAGUAUCUAUCAGAAAAAGGGUCAAUAUGUCGUUGACAGAGAGUAGUUUAAAAGGGAUACUGAUGGAUGAAGAAAUAUAUUUUAUCCUAUUGUUCUGGUUAAAGAGACGAGGAAAAGCUCCACUUAUGUAUGUACUAUAUGAAGAAGGGGGUGUAGAAUGGGUAGUAAUAAGGAAAGAGUGUCCCCUAGAGCAGGGUUGUCUAAAAGGUAGGUCCCUAAUGUUGAAAACUACAAAUUCCUAUUUAUUUAUUUUUUGCCAGUCAAAAGGUAUUUAUUUAUGCAUAUAUCUGGGUAUCUACCUUUUGCCCCCCUGGCAUAGAGAUAGGGUAAUCUAGGUAUACGUGCAUGGAGUGCAAAUAACAGAAGUUAUUAGUAUUUGCAUGUUUGUACCUGGUCCACUCUCUAAUUUCUUUAUUUUAUUGGUUACAGGAUCCAUAUACACAGCAGUUCCCUAUCUUGAUAGAGAAGAAAAAGCAACUUAUGAGAUAACUGUGGAAGCCAGAGAUGUACCCGGUCAGAAGAAUGGACACACAAGUACAGCCACUAUCAUGAUUCACUUGAUUGAUAUCAAUGACAAUUUUCCAACAUUCAUAAAAGGUAAGUUUAUAGUCUCUGGUUAUUAAGCUUAGACAAAGGAAGACUUCCUCAUAAAGUCAUCAUACAGUCACCAUACAGUCAUCACAUAGUCAUCCUACAAUCACCAUACAGUCAUCAUGUAGUCAUCAUACAAUCACCAUACAGUCAUCAUGUGGUCAUCAUAAAGUCGUCAUACAGUCAUCAUAUAGUCAUCAUACAAUCACCAUACAGUCAUCAUGUAGUCAUCAUACAAUCACCAUACAGUCAUCAUGUAGUCAUCAAAAGUCUAAACCUGUAGUCAUUAUUUUCCACAUUCAUUUGCACAGUCAUUUUUUUCUCAUAAUGUGUAUUUUAUUAGUAUUUGUGAUAUUCAGUUUCCAAAACUACGUAAUCCAUUAAAUUCCUUAUAGUGGACUAUGUCAAAAAAUAACUGGAGACCAUGUGCAAUGAAUGUGAGAAAAUCUAACUGAGUUUUUAUCCUUUUUAACCAUAUUUAGAAGAAAGAGAAAGCACAUAACUUGUAGAGAGUAGUUUGCAAUGAACUGAGUUAUUCCUUAAAUUUGUACAUAGGUAUCACAGUAAGUACUUAAAGAGGCAUUCUUAGCAUCAUAACCACUAUAGUUGAGAAACACGAUGAGUUUCGAGGAAAAUAAACAAUGAACCCUUGUGAUACAGAAUUUAGUCCAACACAUUUGCUUUCGAGACUACCUUUAAAUACGGUGGUCUAGCCAACUGUAUAUUUAUUGAAAUCUCAGCUAUAGUCAUGACCUUAAAUCAAACCAAAUUUAAUUGGAUUAUCUCCGUUCUGUUACCAGACAAGUUCACUUUCAAUGUCUACGAAAAUUUGAGAGUUAUGGGCGAAGUUGGACGACUGCAGGUGGUAGAUAUUGAUGAGCCCCAGAACCGGAACACCAAAUACGUUUUUGGAUCAGAAAAACUCCAGGAAAUCUUUGAAAUUAGAACAAAUGCUCAGUCGAAUGAAGGAAUUUUUGUAUUAAAAAAGGUAAAAAUAAGUGAGCUUUAAGGGGGCAUUAUGGGACAAUGAUCUAUGAAACUGUUUAAUAAUCACCCUUUAGCCUUUCACAAACACACAAUUACACAAGGUAUGUGUCUUCAAAGACUCUCUCAGUGACCAUUUUUUCUUAAUGCAACUUUCUUUUAAAAAUUAAUCAAAAGCUGAGACUGUGUAUCAAUGACAAUUAUGUUAAUUUCUCACGUUGUAACUCCUGGAUGCUUAUUUUACAGGCUUUGGACUUUGAGAGUGUAAAACAAUAUAAGAUGAAUAUUCAGGCAAUUGAUCCCUCCAUUGUACUUGCGGUGGCAAAGCACCACAGGCCAAAAAGCAAUGCUGAAGUCAUCAUUAAUGUCCUUGAUGUGGAUGAGCCUCCAGUGUUCAAAAUGUCUCCUUACAAAUUUGAAAUUAAAGAAGAUACAAAAUUAAAUAAAAUUGUUGGCUCUGUCUUUGCAGAAGAUCCGGAUGAAGCCAAAAACAGUGUUAGGUAUGUUGUUGUUUUUUAAGUAUCUUCUCUGGUCAACAAGACAUUUUUUCUUUUUUUUUUCAAUUUAUAUUUUAUUAAAUUUAUUUUUGCAUUAAACUAAUUUUUUCAUUAUAUUGUAAAGUAAAAACACUUUGUAUACAUGAGCAUGAUAACGUCAAACAUGGGUAGUUGUCAUGGUAUUACAGAACACAACAGUAGGUAACUCUAUAAUAUCAAGGGCUGUACUCGGCUUCUUGGGGGCCCUGAGUCGUAAAUUUCAGCUCCUGUGGUGCAUUUCAAACGUGGUCACCGCCCGGUGCAGUUCCUGUACUUGAGAGGUAAGGCUUUCGAUUUGACUGCUGGCAGUUUGCAGUUGUGUAUCUCUGGAAAGUUCCUUUGUUUCCAGCUCUCUGACCUUUUGGUGUACCACACCGAUUUCAGUGUGGACAACUUGGAGGUCUUCCUUUCAGACCUUCGGUAGGUCUAUGAGAAGCCUCCUAAUAUCUCCUUUUGUUGAUGGUGCUGUGUCUUCUUCUGACUCUGAUGAGCGUUCAUCACCUCCGUACUGGGACGAAGCCAGAGGCUCCCCUUCCUCCUGUGAUUCAUCUGAGGCCUCGGGCUCACGGAGGGCCUUAGGCACCAUCUUGGACUGUUGCUGCGGCACUGGCCUCCCGAAAUAGAGCCGUAUAUCUGGUACCCGCGGGUCUUCUGGGCGAUAUUGCCGUCGGUUUUUGCGCCCCAUAGUGUCUCUUUGGGGGUGUGAGUGUUUCUGGCUGAAAAAGAUUCCUUUUUGUUGGCCUAAUUCUCUGGGUUUGCAGGGUCUUUGCAGAGCCCGGCAGAUAGACGUCUGUUCUGUAGUGCUGCAGGCCACAAACCCCAACAAGACAUUUUUGUGUGUUUUUCUGCACAUGACUGCAGGUGCUGUCUGUGACUUAUUGCAACCAUGUCAAUGACUGGAUCAUUUGUAAGCUCCCUCUGUGCUGUUACAGUUCAUGGAAGCUUGUGAGGAUUAAGGCUUGAUCAAGUAAUAUGUUGAAAUAAUGUCUGGGACAUGUGUUUUUGGAAUUCUACUUUUUUUCUGAUGGCACAGAAUAAGAUUUGCUGUAAAAAGAAGAAAAAUGAAUAUGUACAGUAUUUAAGUGUUCAACUGCACCUUUGCAAAAUAAGAAAUGUGUUUGAUUUAAAAAAGCAAAUAAAAGUUAACAGUAAUCUUUUAGUAUAAAAUAAUAUGAUGGAGAACAUUUCGAGAAUCUCAAAUAUAAUUUUGAAAGAUUAUGAAACGUGUCUAAACUUACUGUUAUCGCUCCACAAAGUGUUAUAACAGACGGGGGAUUGAAAUUUCUAAAUUCAUUCUCAUUUGCACAUUUUCUAGUUUGAAAAUAAAAAGGUAGAAAUUAAACUAGAAAUUGACCAAGGAAUUGCAUAUCGUCACCAAAAUAACCAAGCAAAAAAAAUAAUCAAGAUUUUUUUUCCAAUUCGGCUAUUUUUGAACAAAAACAUGAAAUUUCACUGGUUGGCUACAUUCAUAUAAAGCAUUUAAUGAUAUUUAAAGCAUAUUAAUUUAAUAUGAUCUUAAUGAUGAUAUUCAUAUCACUGCAGAUAUUCACUCAGAAAUCCGAAAGACAAUUUCUUCAUAAUAUCAAAUAAGGGCGAUAUUAUCGUUGACAAACCUCUUGAUAGAGAGACUAAUAACUGGCAUAAUUUGACUGUAGCAGCUGAAGAAAUUGAUCCAAAAAGUAAGUAUUGAUAUUAUUGUUGUAGCCAAAGACUACGUGUAUAUGGUAGCAUGCAAUCAUGCAUAUAUAUUUCAAUUAUUUGAUACUCUGCACUUUAAUUUAGCUAUAUUCAAAUUAAAACCAAUGGUUUUAAUUUAUUGGACCCCAUAUCCUCUUAUUACAAAAAGGAAUUGGAGUACUUUAAGAAUGUAAUAUUUUCUAAAGUUUUUGUGGUUUUCUUUGGGCUUCUUUGACUCGGAACCUUUUCAACUUCAAGUAACAACCCAAGAACUAUAUCCGGCAGAAAUUAAUUUAGCAAAUGCCAUAAGGACUCUAUGAGUGUAGUACCUUGAGUUUUUAUCAAACCAUUUCCAAAAAGUUUGGCAAAAACACUAGCAUAGGCUCCCUUGGAAGCAGAACCCUAUGUUAAAUCAGCAGCUCCUAAAAAUGGCUUGAGACAAUUGUGUGUGGUUGAAUCCCUAUUAUCAAUGCAAAUGUUUUGAGUGCGUUAUCUAAAAGGGAAAUGUCUCAUAUUACAUGCCUAGCAGAGGGAAUGGUCCAUGGCAUAUUUUCUCCAAAAGAUGGAAUGAAUUUAUUUAUCAAUGUAUCAUUUGUUCAAUGUGGAUAGGAUUUACUAUGAAGCUAAACAUCAAUUUUCAAAUUGUUAUGGUCAUGAGACCACUUUAACUGUUUUUGUGCCUUACAAUGUAUCCUUAUAUUAUAGAGGUCUUUACUUGUCUUCUCUGUCUAACUCUGGACAAAAAUGUCCUAAUAAAACACAACCUGUACACAGUUUGCCCCGUUGUCCACUUUGAAUGAACGGGUUGACCAUAAAGGAAGACCAACAACCAGUUGUAGUUUUUAUUUGAAUUAUUACUAAUACUGACAUUUAUGAAGCGCCAACAUAUUCUGGAGUGAUAUCCUGAGGGCUACAGUGGUGUGAGACAAUAAGAAAACUAUAGUGGACACAUGGGCUGAGUCGUCUACCUAAACUCAAAAAUUAUUUGUUUACUGCAGGUACAAUGAAGAAGGAAUCUUUAGUUCCCAUCUUCAUAAAAGUCCUUGAUGUCAACGACAAUGCUCCAGAGUUUGCGGAACGCUAUGCAGCUAGAGUGUGUGAAAAUGCACCUCCAGGGAAGGUAACUGCAUUCUAUUUGUGCAGAGAUAAAUUAAGAUACCAAAGUAAGGCUACGACUUUGAUGUCCCCUUCAUUCCCAAUCUAGGAAUGGUGAAAGUGGCAAAGAAUGGCCAAGUAUCUUCACUGUACCCGGGUCCCAUUCUAAACCAUGGACCCUAGGCAGCUGCCUUAGAUCUCCUUGAGGUUGACCAUAAAACAUGCAACAGUUUUUUUUCUGGCUUCAACCAUUAAGAUCCACUUCAAGUUAACACUUAAUGCCAUUCAUCCUUGAAACAAUUUUAUGUCAAAUACUCAAAAAAUGCCAAGCAAUUUAAAAUGCCAAGCCAUGGCGGGUCCAUCACAAUUCUGAUCCAUCACAAUGCUAGUACGAACAUACUACAAAUAAUCAAAUAACAAUGUGAAAAUAUUAAUAUUAUUAUUAAAUCCACAUGUAAAACAUAUUUGAGAAUGACUAACCAUUGGGCACCUGAAGUAUUAAAUGUUAGAAAGAUAGAUGACACAAGUAAUUAAGACAAACACAUGGUUAAGAUAAUUUACUCCUUUCUAUUGAAUUCACAGUUAGUUCCUUACCCGAAUUAUUCCACAAACCACGGGUAGGAUGCAAUUUGCAUUGCCUUGCAUCUCAGCAAGAAAAGGAAGUGUCUUCCGUAGCUAAUAUUGAUUUCACAAUAGAUAAUUUCAGGCAGCUUUCUGGUAAAUGGCCUUUGAGAAGUAAAAUGAACCAGAGGAAAUGAAAUGCUUGUGUUUUAGGAAAUGAUUUUCAAGGAAGUGUUUUUAUCUAGUCGGAUGAAUAAGAUAUUUUCAGCUGUUUAUUUAAGUCACUUACAUUGUUGUUUUAGAAAGAAAGAUUAUAAAACGUAGCACAGAAAUGAAAGAAGUCAUAAUUCUGUGCUUGCUUUCUUAACAGUAGACACUAAACCUAUGGGAUUUUACGGGUAUCACAGAAUAGUAGACAAUUAUAACAAUGUAUCGCCACAUUUUUGAGUUUGCUCUGUGUAGGGGAUUUACCAUUGUGACAUUGUUCUUUUAGACUUUUUGACAAUCUCUGUCCAAAAUACAAACCUCUAUUUAGCCUACGGUGUUUUUCAUAAUGAAUUGACAUUGCGAUAUAUGGAAAUACAAAUUCUUAGAAAGUCCUUUGCAAAUCAUAUUAACUUAAUAUGUAAAGUUAGUACCUCAUUUCUUUUAGACCAACACCUUAAAAGAAAAAAAGAAGAAAAAAAAAACUUACGUAGCAGUAGCCGAUGCUUACGGACUUGUAUGAUUAGAACAAUUGGAUGUAACUCUACUCUAAAUGAACUAGGAAAACUGUACCCAAAAUGAUAGAAUUUAAAUUUCUGAUGAUGACCAAGAACAGCAGGAGGCAGUAGAAAGUGUCUUGUCCAUCUGCUUGUGAUAUGUAUAUGUCCCCUACAGAUACAAUUAGCUAUAGAGCUAGAUAAUGACCUCUUAGAACAACAAGUAUGGACCAAGUUAGAACGGUCCCAUCAAAUUACCAGAGAACAAAGGGAAAAUCCUUUAUCAAUAUGUAAGACAUCCGCUAUCGAUAUGUGAAUGAUCCAUACUGAUCAAUGAAGCAAAGGUGAUCAUAUCAACUGGCUGUUUUUUUAGUAAAAAUGUCAGCUAUAGUACCAGCUCAAAUGGUUAAACAGUUCCGUCGAAUGGAUUUGCAUUUAAAUUACACAAUGUCUGUAACACGAGGGGGGUUUAUUUUAUUUGCAAUUUUUUAUUUAUUUUUUGCACACUAUCUUUUCUUAGCAAAAUGUUACCGACUCCCUUGGCAAAGUCAAAACGUGAUAUCAAUCUUUUCUUUUAUGUUUUUUUUUUUCUUUUUCAGGUCAUAAUAAGAAUUUCUGCUGUUGAUAAGGAUGAAAUGACACCAGGAGCAAAGUUUACAUAUUAUUCUGCAGAAAAAGAAAACAAUUUCACAGUGCAAGAUAAUAAAAGUAUUGUAUAUUACUCCCCAGCUAAGCAUGACUAUGUGUGGUGACAUUUGAAAAUGCGUCUCUUUAAACUUCGAAUUUCGUUUUCCAUCCGUUGGUCAAUAGCAACACAGUGGGGGGGUUUGAGCUGAGUGUUUUUCUGAACAUAUAUACCAAGAUUGACAAACAUUUCGCUCUGUAAUUUGCCUGCUCCCGCUUCCAUCAUGUCAACCCAUUGGAGCCGCUAGAUUCCCAUUUUACAACAUGUUCUGUAGAUAUGAGGAUGUGAUAGAUGAAGCUUUUUAACUUUUAGGGGUUCAAAAGUAACAUACACAAACCCUCCACUAAUAGCCCACUUCUAAAUCUCUAAAUCUCUGGUUUUACAAUUUCUACAUAUAUCAGAGAAAAAAAUUCCCAACUCUCAAAAUAAACAAUUGGACUUUUUUUGGACAUCUUUUGCUAAGUAACCUUUGUAUAGCAAACUGCAAACUCUUUUUAAUGGUGAUCUCAAACUCUGCUCCCCAGAUGUUAAUGGACUACAACUCCCAGAAUUCUUUGAGAGCUAUAGCUGGCCAAAGAAUCAUGGAAGUUGUAAUUUAGCAACAUCUGGGACGGCGUAGUUUCAAAUGCCCAAACUGUAAACUGUAUAUUCCAAACUUGCUAAGACAUUCCAAGGUGGAACAAAAUAUUAUUUUAAUCAUUCACUCAGUCUAUCUACCUAAAAUGUCGUUAUCUUAUGUAAAAUGUUACUAAAGUUUCAUUUGUUUAUAACUCUCUCUUUUCAUCCAGAUAACACAGCAAGCGUUCUCGUAAAAUAUGGAGAAUUUAACCUAGACUUAGCAAAAGUUCACUAUUUGCCAAUUGUGAUUUCUGACAAUGGGAAACCUGAAAUGAGUAGUACCAACACCCUGACCAUCGGAGUCUGCAAAUGCAAUGAGAAAGGGGAAUACACAUAUUGCGAAGAGGUCGCCAAACAGGCCGCAGUGUCUGGUCCAAUGCUCGCAAUUAUAUUUGUGUGCUUGAUUGUUUUGUUAUUGGGUAAGAUUCAUGGUUAAGAUGACUGUGCAUUUUUAUUUGCCUUGUUUGAUCAAUUAACCAAGGUAAGGGUAACUCACCCAGUAAGGGUAAAGUUCACUUAAUAAAACAGAGUUUCCAUUGUUAAGUAUUUCUGAAUACACUCUGGUUGGUUCAAGGGUACCCCGAGUUUUAGGUGAAGUUUGGGGCUUAAGGUUAUACCCCAAGUAUCAUAACUACUUCAGUUGAUAGCAUUGGUUAUGAUGCAAGAGGUCUUUAGAUGUUCCCUCUAUAGUUUUGACAAACAAUUUGUUACCAGUUUGACAAAAAAUUGGGCUGUCCCAGCUCCAAGAUCCUGGCCACUCUGUUGUAGGUGAGCAACAAUGAUAGGCUGCGAUCCUUGGGCUAAGCCAUCCACAGCAUUCACAGCCUGUCAUUGCAAUCCAAAAUUGGAAGGAUAUGUAAGGAAAUUAAACUUCUGCCUCAUUGCAGCUCAAGAGGUACCUGGCUUUGGAUGCUGGGAAAUAAAUACUUUUUCUCAUACCCUCCAAAUAUGGUUACCUGGUAGACUCUGCCUGUCAUUGUCAUUCAGGUUGGAAUGCAUUGCUUUUGGUAAAACGGCAGAUGCAUACUACCAUAGCCAGUGCAAUUAGCUUGUAGUAGUGACGGUGCUUUAAUUUUUUCACACAUACCUACACACUCUUCAGCAUAUCUGAUCAGUGAGUCUUUCAACACUUUAGCACCUGACUAGUGACUUAUUCACUCAUCCAUUUAUACAUAAGCACACAGUCACAUACACAGCUAACCACACACUCAUAAACAUAAACACAUAACUCACUCUCACAUACAUAUACAACUUGUCAGUCAUAUACACUUCCACAAACAGACACACAAACAAAUUCACAGAUAAAAUAUUAUCCAUCUCAUCUCCUGACGCUCACAUUAGACAGACAAAGAGGGAUCUGGGGAAAGGAGAGCGGAAGGUUUGCAGGACUGUCCUUGGUGUCCAUCUGGGAGCAAGCUGUUUCUGUAUGCUACAGUAGCAGAAACAGCUUGUGUGAUCCAAGUGCUAUAUUCAAUAUGUGACAUGUGAUGUCAUUCUUGCAAACAUAGCUACAGUCAUUUUUAUGAUUAAGUAAAAAAUGUUAUAUUUAAAACAAUAAAUAAUGAACAGCUUAGCUAUCAGGGUUAUUUUUGAGGGAUCAAAGUUUAUUUUAUCUUAAGUCACAUGUGUUGAUCUUUAUAUAUUUUAGUAUUAUAAAUAAUUUGAUGGCAUUAUUUUCAAUAUGUAUAGGAGAAGCCUAACAAAGGGGAUAGAAAUAUGGUCUUACUUUUUUUUAUUUGCAAUUCCACAGAGAGCCAUGGGGGGAAUCUAAUGUAUGAUGUCCCAGUAGGUGUCCUUAAUAAGUCAAUGAAUAUAUUGAUGACUAUUUGCAGAUAGAAGAUAAUACUCACGUCUUACAUGUCUAUAUGUUUUCUCCUUCAGUGGCCAUCAUAUUUAUCUUAAGAAAAACACAGAAGACAAAAACCAACAUUUUAGGGAAAAAUGUAGCCGAGAUCCAUGAGCAGUUGGUCACCUAUGAUGAAGAGGGAGGAGGAGAGAUGGAUACCAACAGUUAUGAUGUAUCGGUUCUUAAUUCUGUGCGCAGAAAUGUGGUCAGGCAAAAGAGCGAGAAAGAGCCUCGUCCCAUGGCCUACCCCCAGCUCCAGAUACCGGCCAACAAUGGAGACAUGUCAUACGUGAUCGAAGUGAAGAAGGAUGAAGCAGAUAAUGAUGGAGAAGGUCUACCCUAUGACACCCUACACAUAUUUGGCUACGAGGGGUCAGAAUCGAUAGUGGAAUCUCUCAGUUCGCUUGAAUCUGGCUCUUCAGACUCUGAUAUAGAUUACGAUGUGUUGAAUGAUUGGGGCCCCAGAUUUAAGAUGCUUGCAGAUCUAUAUGGCCUGGAACAGCUGGAAGAUUUUCCUUAUUAAUACCGCCCCUGAAACACACAAUGAGACAUAAGACCACUAGUAUGGUUUAAUUUAAUCACCAGUAUGGCCUUGUUUCAUAGAAUGCGUUCUUAUUCUAAUUUCCGAUGUUCUUUCACCAAAUUGAUGAUAAAACCUGGUCCACAGAUAUCAAAACUGUCUAAUCUUUAAUCCAUUUGAAACUCAUCAUGUCAUUCUAUGAAGGGGUGAGCCUAACUCACUAAGAUAGGUUAAAGUGGCUAUGCAGGUGCUGUUUACAAUCGAUCCUUUUUUUUUUUUGUCCCUGUAUUCCUCCUAAUUAUUUUAUAAUUUUUUUUAAUUCAUCUUGUUUUUUUAGUUUUACAUAAGAAAAAGUAGGGACUCAUUUUCUUAUGGGAAGUGUAAUCUUUGGCAAUCUACAGCAAUGUGCUGAGCUAAAACAAAGCACCAUUUCAGUGGUAACCCCGAAUUUACCCACAAUCAAUCCGUAUACAAUAUCACACAGAAGGGCAUACUGUAGAUAUAAUUAACAGAGGGAAACAAAAUGGCAGCACUGCAUACUGAAAAAGAUUAAAAAAAAUAUAUUAAUAUAAACAAGGUCAAGUGGCAAGAAGGGGAGUAUAAUUAUUAAGAUGUGAGGGGCAUAAGAAAAGGAAAACUGUCAUCGUAAUCUAGUGGUUUUUAUACUUAGACCCUUACCCUGCAGGCUGACAAAUCUAAACAUUGCCAUUUGUGAGAAACUGCAGUGUUUACAUUUGUCGCUAAGGAUGUCUGUAGCAGCUUUCAGCUCUAAAGGCACUUCAUUAUGAAGUGUUUAAUUAAAAGUCUUCACAUUCUGCAUUGCAAUACUUCUCUUAGAGAAGUAUUGGAUUCAGUGCUUCUGUAUGAGAAUCAUCUGAUUGGCUGAGUGUAGUAAAGAACCCUUCUUUAGCAUCGGAUUGGGCCAAAGUUCAUCUGGACGGAUUAUAUGACCGAGGGAGAAACUGCUGCCUGGCAGAGAGUGCCUGGCACUGGGCAGUGUGUUUUUGUUUUAAAAAGGGGGGAUAUAAGGAACACUCUGUUUAAAAAUAAACAUUUAUUUUAAAAGUUAUCAACAUGGAGUAAUCAUAAAUAUAUAGCAUUUACAUUAUUCUCCACUAGAGAAAUUGUAAUACAUUUUACCUUAAGACAAAGGCAAAUUCAUAUUAAAAUUAAAAUAUUACUCUAUGCAUUUUUAUUUAAAGGGACACUCCACACACCUAAGGCACUUUAGCUUGCUGAAGUGUAUUAUGUGUGAACAGUGUGUUCUCUUUUUUAUUUUACAGAACGUGAAGAUUUUAAUAGAAAUUGGCACUUUUAUUAAUUAACCUUGUUACAACCCUGGCUGUUAAUCAGAAAAAGGUUCUGUUACUUCCUGGUUUGGUUAGCUCAGUGGAGCUAAACUCAAGAGGCAGGGAAUUGUCCAGAGACAUCUCAUUGAACUGCAUUGGGAAGUCCGUGAUUGGACAGCCACAGAAAGUCUGGGCAGGGUUGGGUUAGAAGGGGAAGGCUUGCUAAUGCUGCAGACAAGAGAUCAGCAGAUUUUGGAAGCUGACCUUAGCUAUGCCCACAAUAUAAAAUGCAUAAUUAAAUGCAUGCACAUUUUCAUUUGGCGUGUAUGUACUAAAUAUUGUUGUUGGGUUUUUUUUUUUUCAUUUGUUUUUUUUUUAUUUGAUCAGUGGAGUGUCCCUUUAAAUGAAAAAAAAACAUUAAAAAAAAUCUUGUGUUAAAGACAUAAGAUAGUAACACUUUUAAGUGCCAGAUUCUCGCUCAAACAUCUAAUGUAGAUAUAUGCUUAUGUAAAUAAAUAACCAUCACUGUAUAAUGGGUUCUCGUUGUACUAUAAAAUCAGUAUUUUUCAGAAUGAACAUUCUUUUUCUUCAUUCUAAGAACUGCACCAAAUAUUUUCUCUUUAAACUCUAACCAUUAUAAACACUUUAUAUUUUAUUAUAUUUAGUUACAUCCUCAGGGAUAUGUUUGUAUGUUUGAAAACAAUUACUUGAAAUAAUAUUCUGCCUAUUUUACCCCCUCAAAAUCAAACUGGAGAGACUAAAGAAUACAAGGACAUAUUUUUUAAUUCAGAAGUGAAGUGGGAGUGGCUAAUGUAAAUCUUGUUCAUUUACAUUCAAGCCACUCCCAGAUCUUCUUAUGCCCCACCUCCAUAUCACCUAUGUAUUGCCUUUAACAACUUCAGUAUUAACUUUUUAUCUUUUUCAGUCCUAUUAUCUCUACUAGAUGUAGUUUUGAAAGGCUAUGACGUAAGAAAAUAAAUUAAUUGAAUAAAUAUAAUGCUGUAAUAGUAUCAAAGCAUCAGAUAACUAUACAUUUAACUAUUAAUUUAUACAAAAAAUAAAUUUGUGAUUUCUUUUUUUAAGCAACCUUUUUUAAGUAGUUAUGGAGAAAUUUACUAAAUAUUGAAAAGUAGGAGAAAUCUGACAUAAAGCCUCAAAAUGAAGGCCAUCAGCUCAAUAUCAAUCUUAGGAAUAAACAAUAUAGGAAUUUUCAGUAUUUUUCCAUUGCUAGUUUACAGGGUUAUUCGCUUAAUUGUGAAUUUCCCCUUUAAGGCCACAAAUUGCUACAAUGAAAACAAAGAAUUGAGGAAUUACUAUUACAGACAAAUAAUCAUGAUUAUACUCAACAUAUAAAAUCCUAAAAUGCUAACUGUUGUGUGGGUUAAAUGUUUCAAACCUACCGAGAGCCUUCUCCAAUAAUUACAUAAUGUGAUAUAUAUAUAAAUGGGGAUGCACGUUGUAUUAUCCGAAAACUCUGAGACUCUAGUAGAUCCUUCAACUCUCUGGUCCACGGAUAGACAACCUACGGCAUUCUAGAUAUUGUGGCCAAUGGCUCCCAUAAGGCUCCUACAGACAUAAUGCUGGCAAAACAUCAGGGGAGAUGCAUUACACAACAUUCGGGGCACUGAAGAUUGCCUAAACCUGCGCUAGUCAAUGUCGUCCCAUCCAUUCCUUGAUUUGGCAACACUCGCCCUAAUAAUGUUUUGGAGCUUCGAGUUUACCAUAAAGUUUAGGUAUAACUUGACAUUGGGGGUUGAUUGCACUUCGGUACAGGCUGCUUCCAUUUACAUAUCCACCUCUGGGGUGUAUAUAGAUUAUUUUAAUUCAGAUCUACAUUAUAAAACAUCCCCCUGUCAAAGGGGUAACACUUUUUUGAUAGUGAGAGUACCUUUUCUCCCUCAAACCCAAUAAAUGCUCUUGGAUUGCUUACUGGGGUCAAACAUGUAGUAGAUUUGAAUAGGAAGUAUGAAUGCUACCAUAGCUCUUUCUGAUGUGUUCUACCAUCUUCACAUAAUGCUAUUAAUUCCUCAUGCAUGUUUAGGUAUCGAGAAGUCAAUGCUCAAUCAGACAUUCCAUCCAUAGGGCCAUAUUGGAACUCAUCAAUCCUAAUAAUCUCCAUUGAAUGCCAGGCUUUUCUUAAACCAAAGUGUGUAUACGUCUUGCAGAAGUUUGCUUCUACUAGUAAAUUCUCUCCUAGUUAUCAAAUGUUGCAACAUAACCACCUCCAAUUUCUAGAAUAUGUUUAAAUGUUUGGGGUUUUUUACAAAUGUAACUGUACUUUUUCAUUGUUUUAUACCUUUAUGUGUUUUUUUAUGUUUAAUCUAUGUUGUUUUUUUUAUUAUUGAAAUGUGUAUUUUUUAUGUACUCUCUGUGCCUGUACAGCAAGAGUUUCAUUCUGGC